UGUCUUUUGCAAGGAUGGCUUGGGUAGUUGCCACGGUAACGCGGAAGCCUUGUGACUUCACCGGAUGAGUCAGACCCAAAGAGAAGGAGGCUGUUGGGGGUGAUUUAACCGACGGCGAGGCAGUCCAUGGGUCCGUAAGGGAAGCCGGGGUGAGUUCCUGAUAAAAAUCCGAGCUGCUGAGGGCCGAAUGUAGCCGCUUGCUUUCAGACAGAGGCGAGGAACCUGCGGCUGGGUGGCCUGGGACUCCGACUCCCUCAUCCCUUAGCGCAGAUGGGAGUGGGAGUCCGCCAGCACCUAGAGGUCCUUGAUUUCAAACAUGCAUGGAGCACCUGGGGCCCUCCAGAUGUUACCGGACUCCAGCUCCAAUUAUCCAGAGCUGGCGUGGCGUGGCAGUUAGAGAGUCGUACUAGGAGGACCCUGGAGACCAGGGUUCGAAUCCCUGCCCAGCCAUGAACCUACCUCACAGGGUCGUGGUGGGGAUUAAAUGAGAUGGGGGAGCGGAGAGCCAUGUAUGCCAACUUGGAGAAAAAGGCAGUGUUAUAUAAAUGCCAUAGGUAAAGGUAAAGAGACCCCUGACCAUUAGGUCCAGUCGUGGCCGACUCUGGGGUUGCAGCGCUCAUCUCGCUUUAUUGGCCGAGGGAGCCGGCGUACAGCUUCUGGGUCAUGUGGCCAGCAUGACUAAGCCGCUUCUGGCAAACCAGAGCAGCGCAUGGAAACGCCGUUUAGCUUCCCGUUGGAGUGGUACCUAUUUAUCUACUUGCACUUUGAUGUGCUUUCGAACUGUGAGGUGGGCAGGAUCAGGGAGCGAACAAUGGGAGCUCACCCUGUCGUGGGGAUUCGAACCGCCGACCUUCUGAUCGGCAAGCCCAAGAGGCUCUGUGGUUUAACCCACAGCGCCACCUGUGUCCCAUAAAUGCCAUAAAUAAUAGCAAUAAUGAUGAUAUUGAUCCCUGAUUGUUGGCCACGCUGGCUGGGGCUGAUGGGAGUUGCGUAGCCUCGUGGGGAAGGCACAGGUUUGCCACCCCUGAUAUGAGGCUUAGGUUGAUUAAAACCUGAGGCCAGGUGCGUUCAAAAGAUGAAACAGGUUCAAAAAACAUGUGGCUUAAGUUCUGUCAUGGUACAGCUUUUGGGGUUUCGAACACUGGACGUGUGAGCAAGGAUUAUGGUUAAAAAAGACCUGUUGCCCCCCUCCCCGAUGCGACUCAGUUAGAUGGGCAGCGUAAUAAUAAUAAUAAUAUAUAAUAUAAUAUAUAAUAUAUUGGACCCCCACCUUCCAUCAGCCUAGACAUUUCUUAUUUUCACAACAAUUCUUUUAACUGAAUACUUCCAAUUGGAGUGAAAAUGCUGUAUUGGUGGACUACAACUCCCAUCAUCACUAACCCCGGACCAUGCCAACUCAGACCAAUGGGAUUUGGAGUCUACCACCAUCUACAGGGCCACAGGUUUCCCGUCACCUGAUUUAAAGGCACAGGGUCCGUCCCCCCCCAAAGCCUCAAUGGGGCUUUAUCUGCCCUUACUGGACAGGCUGUGGCUGCAGCUGCCAUUUCCUUCCAAAUGUUUGUCCACCAAUCAGGCCUGCAAAAAAAGCAUGGGAGGGGAAUGCAAACAACAACACCACUGGCUGAGCUACUUGGAAAACGGCACCGUUUGCCUGCUCUGCAAAAAAAUAUGAGCGAUCAAAGUGUGACAGUUAUGGGAAGAAGGGCUGUUUGUGGAGGCACCCCUGGAAUAAGGUCAAUAAGGAAGCUGUCUUAUGCAAAGUCAGACCGCUGCAGUCAUACCUCAUGUUACGUUUGCUUCAUGUUACGUUUUUUCAGGUUGUGUCCCGCGGUGACCCGGAAGUACAGUGGUACCUCGGGUUAAGUACUUAAUUCGUUCCGGAGGUACGUUCUUAACCUGAAACUGUUCUUAAUCUGAAGCACCACUUUAGCUAAUGGGGCUUCCUGCUGCCGCCGUGCCGCCGGAGCACAAUUUCUGUUCUCAUCCUGAAGCAAAGUUCUUAACCCGAGGUACUAUUUCUGGGUUAGCGGAGUCUGUAACCUGAAGCGUAUGUAACCUGAAGCGUAUGUAACCCAAGGUACCACUGUACCGGAAAGGGUUACUUCCGGGUUUCGCCACUUGCGCACGUGCAGUAGCGCUAAAUUGUGCUUCAUGCAUGUGCACAAGUGCUAAAUUGCGCUGCGCACCUGCACAGAUAUGGCGCUUCAAGUUGCGCGCUUUUCACAUUGCGAACAGGCCUCCGGAGAUGAUCCUGUUUACAGCCAGUGGUACCACUGUGUUCCUUACUGUGUAUAUUGGCAGGCAGCAGUUUCGGAGAGGGAGUCUUUCGGAGCCACAUUUGCAAAGCUAAGCAGGGUCCGAUAUGGUUUCAAACUGGAUGGGGGACCACUUGUUAAGAGUCCUGCCUCGCAGGGGGUUGGACUAGAUGACCCUCGGGUGUCCCUUCCAACUCUACAGUGCUAUGAUUCUAGGCUGGGAAUUGACCCAGCGUCCUUCUGCAUGCAAAACACAUUCUCUGCUGCUGAGCUACAGCUUGUUUCUCCAAUGGGACUCUGAGGAAAUACACUUUAUUUCAGUGCAAUGAAGACCUGAUGGUCAGGUGGGAAGUUUGGCGUGUUAAUUCAGGGGGAGGAGGGGAAAGACCGUUCCCUAAUGCAGUUUUGCCAAGAAUGUGGAAGCCCUCGGGUCGUCUUCUGCCUCCCACCCUGGUGGGAUGGCUUUCUGUUUCAUUGGGAUCUUCUCAAAGGCUCUUUCCAGUUUGGUUUUCGUGAACUUGACAUAACCGCCCGGCUGAGUCACAUUCGGUUCAACACCGCAUUGCACAUUCUUUGUUGAAGGUUUACAAAAGUUUCCUGCUUUUUGUCUUCUCUUUGCAGUGACCGCAGGGAGAGGGCAGUGGCUGUCCCUUUGAAAUGCACAUAUUUUUCGCUCUAUAAGACGCACCAGACCACAAGACGCACCUAGUUUUUGGAGGAGGAAAACAAGAAAAAAAAUAUUCUGGAUCUCAGAAGCCAGAACAGCAAGAGGGAUCAGUGCGCAGUGAAAGCAGCAAUCCCUCUUGCUGUUCUGGUUUCUGGGAAAGCAGUGCAGCCUGCAUUCGCUCCAUAGGAUGCACACACAUUUCCCCUUACUUUUUAGGAGGGAAAAAGUGAGUCUUAUAGAGCAAAAAAUACGGUAGUUAUAGGUGGACUACGAAAGACUCCCAAGGUCUUUCAGGUUACGUCCCGCGGCGACCCAGAAGUACCCGAAAGGGUUACUUCCGGGUUUCGUUGCUCGUGCAUGCACAGAUGCGCAAAAUGAUGUCAUGCACAGAACCGGCAAAUCGCAACUCGCCGUGCGUAGAUGCGCUGCUGUGGGUUGCGUUCUUUUCAUGUUGCGAAUGGGCCUCCGGAACGGAUCCCGUUCGCAACUAGAGGUACCACUGUACAGCCCUCCAAGACUUUAUAUCUGGCCCUUGGGAUUCUUUCUAGGCCCGGCCGGUCUCUGUCCUGCGGCAUCUUUUCCUUGAAAUGCUGGUUGGAUUGUGUCUUUGAAAGAGGAUAAUCCCUCUUGUUUGCCAGGGGGGAGGAUGGAUAAGGGAGGUGUAUGGUUGCCACCUGUCCCUUAAAAAAAAGGCUUGUCUUGAAGGAGCGUCUCCACCUCCAUCGUUUAGCCUGGACAUUGAGGUCCAGCGCCGAGGGCCUUCUGGCGGUUCCCUCACUGCGAGAAGUGAGGUUACAGGGAACCAGGCAGAGGGCCUUCUUGGUGGUGGCGCCUGCCCUGUGGAAUGCCCUCCCUUCAGAUGUCAAAGAGAUAAUCAACUACCUGACAUUCAGAAGACAUCUUAAGGCAGCCCUGUUCAGGGAAGUUUUUAAUGUGUGACAUCUUAGUGUAUUUUUUGUCUUUGUGGAAGCCGCCCAGAGUGACUGGGGAAACCCAGCCAGAUGGGUGGGGUACAAAUAAUAAAUUAUUAUUAUUAUUAUUAUUAUUAUUAUUACCAGCAUGAGUUUGAGCAAACUGCGGGAGGCAGUGGAAGACAGGAGUGCCUGGCGUGCUCUGGUCCAUGGGGUCACGAAGAGUCGGACACGACUAAAAGACUAAACAACAACAGCAACAUCUCCUCCUCCUCUCCAAGCUAAGCAUUGUCUACACUGAGUGGCAGUGGCACUCCAGGAUUUAAGACAAAAAGCGUCUCCCAACCUACUGGAGAUGCUGGGAAUCAAACCUGGGACCUUGAGCUAUCAAGGCAGGCACUCUGCCAGUGAGCUAUGGCCCUUUCCAGUUCAGACUUUGCUCCUUGGCCUCUUUGUCUCUUAGAGCCCUCACUGUCUUUCGUAAAUGCUUCCGUCAAAUGGCCAUUUUCCCAACAACAUGGCGACUCUUUUCUUCUUUGUGGCACAGGGGUAUUCAGGACCACCGAAUGUUUGGCGACUCCACUUCCUGGACCCUUUUGAAAAAGAAACCCCAGGCUCCUCCCAUCUCUUUUUUCCCCUUCUUCUUGUGGCUGAAAGGGGAGAACAACGUUCGUUUUGUGCAAAUUUGAAAGGAAGUUUGGAAGUCAACUGUGCUUGGGCUGCUGCGAUCCAGGACCCAGGCAUUUGCGUCAUUCUUCUCUGAAUGACUUUCUCACUGGCACUGCCUGCCUUUCUUAGGCCUUUGUAGGACAAAAUCUUUGCCAGCUGACCAGUGCAACCUCAACCUCUCCUUCUUAGGUGCGCAGUCAGGAGAUGGCUCGAUGCAUCCAAAAAUCUUUGCCGCGGGUAGACGGUUCCCAUGUUUGGGAAACUGGUAUUCAGUCAGUUCCCAAAGAGCUCAUCAUUUCUCCUAAAAGAGGACGUUUAAAAAUAAUAAUAAUAAAAAAUUAUUUAUAUCCUGCCCUCCCCAGCCGAAGCUGGGCUCAGAGUGGCUAACUACAGUAAAAAUAACAGUUUACAUAAAAUCACAAUCAAUUAAUUGAAAUACAUUCUAAAAUCAAUUCAUUCUAAAAUCAAUUCAGAAUCAAAUUAAUGGCAACCAUUGGGCUAGAGUGCUAUGAGGAUUACAGAAAGUGGGGGUCAGACUGCGCCUUGGCCAAAGGCCUGGUGGAACAGCUCUGUCUUGCAGGCCCUGCGGAAAGAUGUCAAGUCCCGCAGGGCCCUAGUCUCUUGUGACAGAGCGUUCCACCAGAUCGGGGCCAUAGCCGAAAAAGCCCUGGCUCUGGUUGAGGCCAGCCUAACCUCCCUGUGGCCCGGGACCUCCAAGAUGUUUUUGUUUGAAGACUGUAAGGUCCUCUGUGGGACAUGCCAGGAGAGGCGGUCCCGUAGGUACGAGGGUCCUAGGCCGUAUAGGGCUUUAAAGGUCAAAACCAGCACCUUAAACCUGAUCCUGUACUCCACCGGGAGCCAGUGCAGCUGCUAUAGCACUGGGUGAAUGUGAUCCCGCGGCAAGGACCCCGUAAGGAGUCUCGCCGCGGCGUUCUGCACCCGCUGGAGUUUCUGGGUCAGUCUCAAGGGCAGCCCCAUGUAGAGUUUGCAUAUUGGCCACCUUAUAUUUAACAAUGGGUUUGAAUGCAACAGGUACCAGGAAUUCCAUGCAGGUGAGCGAGUGAGUGGGCAGGUGUGGGACGGACAGGUAUCGCCACUCCUCCUCUGCCAACUGGCAUGGUUUCUGCACUAGCCACAGAGCAGGGGAAAUCUAUUCCUCCACGACCCACCUGUAAACAAACAAACAAACAAUUAUUAUUUAUACUCCACCCAUCUGGCUAGAAACACAGCAUGCUGUCAGAAGUGGGACAGCAGCGACACACCCCUUCUCUGCCGUACUCCCUGGUAGAAAAUCAUUUUGUGUAAAUGUAGCAUAAGAAAUAUAUUUCCAUGCUGGCCGGCUACCAUAGAAAUGCAGGCAGUGAGCCUCUUUUUCAGGCUAGCGUUUUUCCCCUCAGCUUCAUUAGCUACGAGCCCUGAAAUUUGGGGUCCCUUCCAAGCACGUUCCAAAGUUUUGCAGUUGUUUUGCAGCAAAAACCCAGCGUACCCCAAACUGAGUAACUGCUACAUCAAACCAGGGUUCAUAGUUAACAUCCAAAAAAACCACAACAAUGUCUGAAUCGCUUCAGACUGGUGCCAAAGUUUGGCAAUACGGUAGUUUUGUAGAGAUUUGCAGCGCCCCAGAAACGGAGUAAUUUAUAUUAUUCUCCCCCCACCCAAAGAAACCUUUGUGGGCUGUUUUUACCAGAUGCAGCCACCGCUUCUGAAUGGCAAUGGCUUGUCCAUGGCUACCUGCUCUUUGGAAAUCUUUGAGUUUGAUGACUGCUAAAGGUCCGUAUAGUUAAAGCCAUGGUUUUCCCAGUAGUGAUGUAUGGAAGUGAGAGCUGGACCAUAAAGAAGGCUGAUCGCCAAAGAAUUGAUGCUUUUGAAUUCUGGUGCUGGAGGAGACGCUUAAGAGUCCCAUGGACUACAAGAAGAUCAAACCAAUCCAUUCUGAAGGAAAUCAGCCCUGAGUGCUCACUGGAAGGACAGAUCCUGAAGCUGAGACUCCAAUACUUUGGCCACCUCAUGAGAAGAGAAGACUCCCUGGAAAAGACACUAAUGUUGGGAAAGAUGGAGGGCACAAGGAGAAGGGGACGACAGAGGACGAGAUGGUUGGACAGUGUUCUCGAAGCUACCAGCAUGAGUUUGACCAAACUACGGGAGGCAGUGGAAGACAGGAGUGCCUGGCGUGCUCUGGUCCAUGGGGUCACGAAGAGUCGGACACGACUAAACGACUCAACCACAGCAAAAAUAGGCUGUACGUUGGGCUGCCCUUGGAAACACUUUGGGAAGUUUCUGCUCGUGCAGAAUGCAGCUGUUGGAGUUUUAUCUGGUCCAGCCUGUCCAGGUCCCAUGUUGCCAGGAAAAAUUGUGUGGAAAUUUCAGGAAAGCAAAUGGCUAGCUAAACAUUAGGAGAAAUCUCUGAGUGGUAGGAGCUGUUUAACAGGGGGGAAAUUCUGCAUCAGGAAGUGGUGCCUUUUGAGGAUGGAAUGUAUGGAGAUGAAUAGUAGAUGGAGGUGGAGGUGAGCCGACGCAGAGCCACCCCCUGCAAGAAGGCAGGCGGGUGGGCUGUGGAUCAGGGCCGGCUGAGGUUGGCCUGUGUUCUCAGCACUGCUCUUUGCAGAACUCAGCAGGAAAAGGAUACGGGCAAAACUAGAAUGACUUGCUCCACCUGUCACUGGCUUUUUCGGCUGCUGUUAUUUCCACCGCUAUUUCUCCUGCUCCCCGCCAGGCAAAUGUUUUCUGCAGGCCAGUCAUUUAGGAUACAGUCAGAAAACACCGUCUGAUUCAGUUCCUAAGAAAGCGAGAUGCCGUUACAAGCAGCCAGAGACGUGCCGAUGACAAGUAAGCUCUGGCGUUAGGUACAAAUUCAGCAUGAGCCAUUAAACUAACACAUGUCCCAGUGACAUCAUUCAAAUGCUACCCAGAUCUUCUUAAUCCACUGACCCCGUAGGCUCAGAUUUCCGACUUGUACAGUAGCGAAACAGUCUGUGCUCCUGGGCUUACCAUAAGCGAAAGCCGAACUUGUUUACCUUUAGCCUUUCUGAGAAAUGAGAACUGGAUCCCUUUGAAUGUGAGGGAUGUGUGUGGCUUUUAAAUACCUGUUUGGAUCAUAUCCGAGCCAAAUGUCCAGGAGCAAGUAGGAAUGCAAACCAUCAUCAUCAUCAUCAUCAUCAUCAUCAUCAUUAUUAUUACCCCGCCCAUCUGGCUGGGUUUUCCCAGUCAUUCUAGGCGGCUCCCAACAGAAUAUUAAAAACACGAUAGAAUAUCAAACGUUAAAAGCUUCCCUAAAAAGGGCUGCCUUCAGAUGUCUUCUGAAAGUCAGAUAGUUGUUUAUUUCCUUCACAUCUGAUAGGAGGGUGUUCCACAGGGUGGGCGCUACCACCGAGAAGGCCCUCUGCCUGGUUCCCUGUAACCUCACUUCUCGCAGUGAGGGAAUUGUCAGAAGGCCCUUGGAGCUGGACCUCCAUGUCCGGGCUGAACGAUGGGGUUGGAGAUGCUCCUUCAGGUAUACUGGGCCGAGUCCAGGGCUUUUUAAAGGUCAGCACCAACACCUUGAAUUGUGCUCGGAAACGUACUGGGAGCCAAUGAAGUUAUUUCAGGACCGGUGUUAUGUGAAAUAUUUCAUUCCACCCACGGGAUGAUGAACAAGAUGGGCCUUUGGCCUGACCCAGCAAUGCUCCUGUUAUUCUUCUUUAUUGCUUCUUGCCUUAUUUGACCCCGCAAGGGGGCUGAGACUGUGAUGUGGGCUUAAACAGAGGGAGAAACCUCACCUGAGGCAAGGUAACCCUGUGAUGCAUGACUGGCCCAGGUCUCCCUUGCUGAAAACUCAGGACUUUUUUCAUUAAAGCAGGAAUGUUUACUUCCUUAGUAGUUUAGGGCCCUGCGUUAAAAAGGUUCCCACAUAUGUCAGGCAGCAGGCUUAAAGAAUGCCAGGUGUUGAUGAUCUUAUCAGGGCCAGGCUGUUAAUCUUAUCCCUCCAUGUCUGUGUCUUGCAGAUGGUCAAUUGUCACUUCACAGGUGUUAAUUUACUCAGCUGUUGCUGAGAUAACUGCAUUAUCACCAAUAUGCUACUACGAAAGGUUAAAAUGUGUGUCUGUUCAACAUGCUUUUACACUCUCAUCAUCCCUGACUGUAGUUUUAUUGCAUCUCAUUGUCCUUCAUCUCCGACCUUCCCAUUUUCCUCCUUGAUUUCUGCUAAGAUUUCGCCUAGUGCCUCUGAUGAGGUGCUCAGAGGGAAGCUGAUGCAAUUUGUUAGCCUUUAAGGUGCUGCAAAAAUAAUAGCUUUUGCUUUAAGACACUGCUGAGAAUAAAUACCCUCAGGGGAGCGGAGGGAAGAUUUGCUCAGAGGGUGCAGUAAGGAGUGGGAAAUUCCCAUUUUGCAAACAGCCUUCCCUGGAUUCACUGCACUGUUUUCAUUCAUGUGCAAAUUUAGUUGAGCAGAAACGCAAUCAAUUCAACUGAGAUUUCUUCAAACAGGUGACACCCCCCCAAAAAAAAAACUCCUUGGCUUUCUCCAGCAACAGCCUGGGCCACCUUAGUGAAAUAUCCGCCCUUUUCUCCUUAAAAAGCAGCAUUUAUGCAGCAGGGUCAGGGAGCAAUAAAAAUCCCUUGAAACCCACCCUGUUUUCAUGCUACUAGCUUAAAAACACAUGCACAAUAAUAAUAAAAAAGAUUUCCCCCCCGUGCAAUGGUUGAGAUCCAAUUGGCAGUCUGUUUUCAGAUUCUGAAAGCUACUUUCCUAAAUCUGUCGGCCCAGCAACCUUUGCUAUGGAGAUGGUCGUGUGUUGCUUUCCCAAAUUCUGCUGCCAAACGAUUGACACAGUGAGUCCUUUGUUGCUGCUUCUGCAAAUGGGCUUUUCUCCUCUUUUCCUCCCCAAAUAAUUGUGCUGCUGGGAAAAGGCCCCUGGAAGCUAUCUAAUCGCCCCUUACUCUGCAAAAGCACUUUGCCAUCCUUGAGAGGUGCCCUUAAUACCUUUCUGUUACUGCUUCCUGAGAUGCAGUGAUGGAGGCAACUUGGAUGGCUUUGAAAGAAGGGACCGAUAAAUGUGCAGAAGAUCAGGCUUUGUUGUUCUUGUUGUUUAGUCGUUUAGUCGUGUCCGACUCUUCGUGACCCCAUGGACCAGAGCACGCCAGGCACUCCUGUCUUCCACUGCCUCCCGCAGUUUGGUCAAACUCAUGCUGGUAGCUUUGAGAACACUGUCCCACCAUCUCGUCCUCUGUCGUCCCCUUCUCCUUGUGCCCUCCAUCUUUCCCAACAUCAGGGUCUUUUCCAAGGAGUCUUCUCUUCUCCUGAGGUGGCCAAAGUCUUGGAGCCUCAGCUUCAGGAUCUGUCCUUCCAGUGAGCACUCAGGGCUGAUUUCCUUCAGAAUGGAGAGGUUUGAUCUUCUUGCAGUCCAUGGGACUCUCAAGAGUCUCCUCCAGCACCAGAAUUCAAAAGCACCAAUUCUUUGGCGAUCAGCCUUCUUUAUGGUCCAGCUCUCACUUCCAUACAUCACUACUGGGAAAACCAUAGCUUUAACUAUACGGACCUUUGUUGGCAAGGUGAUGUCUCUGCUUUUUAAGAUGCUGUCUAGGUUUGUCAUCGCUUUUCUCCCAAGAAGCAGGCGUCUUUUAAUUUCGUGACUGCUAUCAGGCUGUUUGGGAUUAAUUGCCACCCAUGACGGUGUUUAUUCUAGCUCGCCUGUUGGAGGCAAUAGACUCCGAAUGUGAGUUGGGAGCGUAAGUUGUUGUGCUCAUAUCCCAAACAAGGAUAUCUCAAUUCCUUCCCAAAGAAAACUUCCGGCUAAGCUCAAAUCCCUCCCCCCCAUUCAUUGAUAUCCAAAGCUUUCUGCCUAGCCAGCGAAAUCUCCAGGGAGUUUUCCACACAAGUGUUAUUCUUUUCCAAAGAAGAAGAGGCAACGUUGAGCUGCAAACAGUUUGAGAGUUCGGCAAAGGGACAAGCGCUCCUCUAAGGGCAGGCUAAAUUUAGACCGGGAAGACUAAAUUUAUAAAUUUAAACAUUUAUAUCCCACCUUUCCUGCAAGGAGUUCAAAGGUGACAUACAUAGUUCUCCUGCCCUCCGUUUUAUUCUCAACAACAGCCUUGUGAGGUAGGCUAGACUCAGAGACAGUGACUGUCCCAAGAUCACCCAGCGAAUGGGGGAACUGAACCCUGAUCUCCCCGGUCAAGAGAAAGGCAGGUUUUAUAGAUCAGGACUCUUCAAUAUUUUCUGGCCCAGCCCAACUUUAAUGCAAGAUUCAUAAGACGACUUUUUAAAGUUUUAUUUUAUAUAUAUAUAUAAUUUUUAUUGAUUUUAACAUAUAAAUUAUAAAAUGUACCACAAAACUUAUCACUUAUACAAUCUUUUUAGACUUCCAUCAGCACCUCUGAUGAUCCACCGUUUUAACUUAUGCAUUUCUUAACUUUAUAUUGCCUUUACAUCUCUUAACAAAUCAUCCUUCCCCUUCUCCAUUUUUGCAAUACUUCCGAUAAUACUCCUCACAAAACUUCUUGCAAACCUACAAACGUCGUCUGAUCUUCACAAAUACUUUUCAAAUAGUCCGUAAAUUUACUCCAGUCUUCCGUGAAUUUCUGGUCCCGCCGGUUUCAAAUCCUUCCUGUUAGUUUAUCUAGUUCUGCAUAGUCCAUUAACUUCAUCCUCUAUUCUUCAAUCGUCAGUAAUUCUUCUUGCUUCCACUUUUGGGCCAAUAAUAUUCUUGCUGCUGUUAUUGCAUAUAAAAAGAGCUUACAUUCAUUUCUAUUUAAAUCACUCCCAACGAUGCCUAGUAAAAAUGCUUCUGGUUUCUUUAUAAAUGUAUAUUUCAACAUUUUUUUCAUCUCAUUAUAUAUCAUCUCCCAGAAGCUUUUCACCUUUUUACAUUUUACUCUGGUUUCACCUCAGAUCGUAUAAAUCUUUCGCCUUUUAAGUAUUAUUUUUAAAUUUCUUUUUCCAUUUUCACAUUCUUUGCUUUUCUCCUCCUCUCAUUUUUUUUGGGGGGUGGGGUGGGGACAAGAAGAGAAAGUGGCGGUGACUCCAGCGUGACCCAUCCUAGGUCAGAUUGCCACCCUCUUAUUGGAUUGAAAAUGGGACUUUGUCUGGAUGGAAAACAAACAAACAACCCACUGUUAAGCUACUACAGCCCUGCUGCUGGCACCUGGAAAGAUAGGUUUGCGGGCUUUGUACCAGUUACAACUGGGCUCCCAAUUCAUUUCAUCUGGCAGGGUUUAUAUACCGCUUAUUUCUCAAAACCUCAUAGUGGCUAAAAUGUACAUAAAAUGUACAUUAAAAUUAGAUGUUAAAUAAAAGUUAGCAUUUUUCUUUUCACAACGAAGCCGACACUUUUAAAAUGGUACGAUCUAAAAUAAAAUUAUAUAUUAAAACACAUGUCAAAUAUUAGCUAUCUGGUUAGGCUUGCUUAAACAGAAAGGUUUUUGGCAUGCACUGAAAACGAGUUCAUCAAAUGUGCAGGCCGAUUUUCAAUGGGCGGGGAGUUCCAAAGUGUAGACACUGCAGGAUGGAUUCUUUGCAAGGGCGGAAUGAAUAUUACCUGGCAUUGUAAGAGGGCCAGUUCUGCGGAUCAAAGCUGCAGGUCCGGGAUAGCUCAACCGGUAGAGCACGAGACUCUGAAUCUCAGGGCUGUGGGUUCGAGCCCCACGUUGGGCAAAAGAUUCCUGCAUUGCAGGGGGUUGGACUAGAUGACCCUCGGGGUCCCUUCCAACUCUGCAAUUCUAUGCUUCUGUGUGGGCAUAUAUGGGACGGAGAGCUGCGUGACACAAGACAGAACAGGGCAGCAUUGGGAAGAGAGCACCUGAUCCCAUACCAAGACGUAGUUUUCACUGGGCUGCUUUUCCCUUGUGAUGGUGACUCUGACCUUGUGGAACUCCCCGUAAAAACAGUGCUUUUCUCCACGGUCCUUUUCCCUGCAGCGUCGCGGGCACAAAAAUGAAACGGCUUCUCUUCCCAUGAAGCAGCCUUUACCUUACGUGACACGUAGUACUAGCAGUAGUGUCUGUCUGCAGCGAGUGAGUAAUCUUUGGGACAGCUGCUGCAGGGGGGAUUUCCCCAAGGAGGAAACGUGCAAACCAAACAGCUCAUGACCCUCUGCUGGGAAAAGCAUUGGAAGAGCAAUGGGACGUGGGCCCUGCCAGAUCCCUAAAAUGCUGGCCAUUUACAACACAGCACAGGUGGAUUGUUAUGGUGCUGGAGGAGAGUCCCAUGGACUGCAAGAAGAACAAAUCUAUCCAUUCUUAAAGAAAUCAGCCCUGAGUGCUCACUGGAAGGACAGAUCCUGAAGCUGCAAUACUUUGGCCACCUCAUGAGAAGAGAAGACUCCCUGGAAAAGACCCUGAUGUUGGGAAAGAUGGAGGGCACAAGGAGAAGGGGACAACAGAGGACGAGAUGGUUGGACAGUGUUCUCGAAGCUACCAGCAUGAGUUUGACCAAACUGCGGGAGGCAGUGGAAGACAGGAGUGCCUGGCGUGCUCUGGUCCAUGGGGUCACGAAGAGUCGGACACGACUAAACAACAACAACACAGGUGGAUUGUUAGCCGCUAUGAGCCCAGCUUCGGCUGGGGAGGGCAGGAUAUAAAUAAAAAAUUAUUAUUAUUAUUAUUAUUAUUAUUAUUAUUAUUAUUAAAGAGCUGGACCCAGUUCCUGCCCAUCCACUCCUUUUCAAAGCUGCUUUUCUAUCAGGUUUCAGAACCCCAGUGGGCGAAACUAACUUUUUUUACCUUUUACCUUUUUACCUUUUUAAUUCCCGCAUGCCAGGAGGAGGGACCAUCCGACUCUACAAUCCUACAAAUAAAAGGACUGGCAGGGAGUGGGGAGUUUUGCUCCCCCUUGCCCUCCUGCAAUGUGCUUUUAAUGCAGAAUUGGGGGCCGGAGAAAGGAGCCUGGAGGGCCACAUCUGUCCCGCCCCACCCCGGGUCCCAGCCUUCUGCAACCCCUGUUUAAGGGAUUCUGACAGCUUGUGUGGUUGGGCCUCCCUUUGCUGAGAGCCGUUUGAUGGCUGGCUUUUUGUCUGUGCAGCUGAUUUAGGGGCAGGUUGCAUACAGCAUUAAAUGCAUCACUUGCAGUUGCUUCCUCCUCUUACUCUUCCUCCUCCUCCUUCUGCAAAUAUCAGCCACUUGGAGUUCCAGUCAGGUUUGGAACUGCACUGUUAUGUACUGAGUUGAAUAGGAUCCAAACUGCAGCAGUCUGAUUGGUCCUAGAACAAUAGGAUCCAAAAUGCAGCAGUCUGAUUGGUCCUAGAACAAUAGGAUCCAAAAUGCAGCAGUCUGAUUGGUCCUAGAACAAUAGGAUUCAGAAUGCAGCAGUCUGAUUGGUCCUAGAACAAUGCAGCAGUAUGAUUGGUUAGGAGGAGCCACCCAAUCCAGCUCCAGAUAGAAGUGAAUCCACAACCUGAUUGGCUUACAGUAGAAUUCCGGAAUUAGCCAAUCACGUGCAGCCCACUGUGUAAAUAAUGUAUAUAAAGCAGAUACUGAGAGGGGACUUUCAUUCCCUCCUCACCACUAUGAGCUGAAUAAAGAGCAUGAAAUCCACUCUCGACUCUGAGUAUAUUUCAUGCACUAAGGAGCACUAAGGGACACGGGUAGCGCUGUGGUCUAAACCACAGAGCCUAGGGCUUGCCGAUCAGAAGGUCGGCAGUUCGAUACCCCGCGACGGGGUGAGCUCCUGUUGCUCAGUCCCUGCUCCUGCCAACCUAGCAGUUCGAAAGCAUGUCAAAAUGCAAGUAGAUAAAUAGGUACCACUCUGGCGGGAAGGUAAAUGGCGUUUCCGUGUGCUGCUCUGGUUCGCCAGAAGCAGCUUAGUCAUGCUGGCCACAUGACCCGGAAGCUGUACGCCGGCUCCCUCGACCAGUAAAGCAAGAUGAGCGCCGCAACCCCAGAGUCGGUCACGGCUGGACCUAAUGGUCCCUUUACCUUUAAGGAGCUGUUAACUCAGGGGUAGGCAACCUAAGGCCCGGGGGCCGGAUGCGGUCCAUUCGCCUUCUCAAUCUGGCCCACGGACGGUCCGGGAAUUGGCUCGUUUUUACAUGAGUAGAAUGUGUCCUUUUAUUUAAAAUGCAUCUCUGGGUUAUUUGUGGGGCAUAGGAAUUUGUUCAUUCCCCCCCCCCCCAAAUAUAGUCCGGCUCCCCACAUGGUCUGACAGACGGUGGACUGGCCCAUGGCUGAAAAAGGUUGCUGACCCCUGUAGUUAACUCCUCCUUCCCCUGACCCCACCAACACGCACCCACUGAAAACCCCACAGAGAGCAACCUACCCCAAAUCGCUAUUAGCUCCUAACUGCUGUGCAGUUCUGGCGCCCAUUUUCCGGUAGCUAUAGCAGCUGGUUUACAGAAGCGGAAGGCGACGAAGGACAGGACAGUGUCAAAAUAGCAAAAGGGCCAUUUGUGGUUAUCUGGCCAUCGGAUUAAGAAAGGGAAAAAAAUAAGCCCUGGCUACCUUGAUUGCGGGGCAUUUCCUGGGAAUUAAUGAGAAGAUCAACUCCGCUAAUGGGGACCAAAUGGGUCGUUAUCCCAGCCUUUAACAAGCCAUUAAUCCUACCAGAAAUUAUCUGUGCCAAGGAUGAUAUUAAUAGUUUGCUUGAUUCCUCUGUUGUCACUUUACUACUUGAACUGGGCUUACAAGGUCUUUUUUUGUAAUAGGCACUAGGUGCGGAAGAGGAAAACCUAUGUUGGGUGGAGUGCUACUUUGUCUCAAUUCAAAUAUACGCAGCCUGCGGCCUGUAGUCUCUUAGCCAAGCCUACCUUUCAAUGUUGUUGUGAAAAGUGCAGACAUCACUCUGCACUCCUUGUAUACCCUGGCUUAUACAAUACAAAACAAAUCUGUGAUUUGUAAUCUGAAUCCGGUCCAAAAGUUGUUUUGCAUAGCCUGCUCAUGUUGUUUUUCUUAUUGCCGGAAAAUGCAAAAGAGAAUAAAAGCAGAGGGGGAAGAGUGGUUCAGCACCAGCAGCCCAUAAUACCUGGAAUACAGACACUCUGUUAGGGUGGCGAAAGAGCUGAAUGGACUCUCCCAAGACUGGGCACGAACCGCUUUGAUAAUAUAUAUUAGAUAGCAUUGUUUUUUAGUGGUUAAGUUGCAGAGCCAGCUAUAGAUCAAACUAUCCAGGCAAGAAGCAUCACCACACACAAACACGCACAAAAAAACCCUUCUCUUAUUCAGCUAUUGAGCAACUUGUGCUUGAUUUGAACUGUGUUUGUCAUCAUUUUGUAACUUCGAUGCUUGAUUCACAGGCAUGACUUAUCCCUGCCUUGCAAGAUGACAGAUUUGCAUUCUUGGACCUCUAUGUGUUGCCAUAUUUCAGAAAGCAAAAGUCAGGACACAAAAGUGGUUGAGCUCUUUUUUUGCCCGGACAUGUGUUUCCCCGAAGAUUUUCACCCAGAUACUGUUUCCGAUGGCUGCAUCCCGGCUAUGUCCAGGAAAUUCCGAAUGUAUGGCAGCUCUAGUAAAUCUGCAUAUAUUCAUUCCGUGUAAGCAGGGGCACUUACUGUUGCUGUUUUGCUCACAAUUCAAAUCCUGGUUGCAUAAUUAAAGUUGAUUGGGAGUCUUGUGCAACAAAGCCACUUCCCCAAAAAGUUUGAAGUUUUUUGCAAUAAGGAAAGCGAUGAGAAAGCACAUUGAAAAAUGUAGGAUUCCUCUUGACGGAUGCAAAGUCUGACCUCAGUAGACCGAUUGUCUGGAAGCAAUGUGUGCAUUCUGUGUACUAUUCAUUUCAGCUCUUUAGUGGCUGGUUGGGUAGCGAUAGCUGAGGACAUUUAACAAGAAAUGAACGUGAGAUCAAUGGGAAAAAAAUAUGAGUUUGGAAGAAGGGCUUGCAGGGGGGCAAGAGAGGCAGUUAAAUGUACACACACACACACACACACACACACACACACACAUAUACAGUGGUACCUCUGGAUGCAAAUGGGAUCCGUUCUGGAGCCCUGUUCGCAUCCAGAGUAGAACGCAACCCGUGUCUGCUCGUGCGCAAUUCGCCGCUUCCGCGCAUGCACAUGACGUCAUUUUGAGCGUCUGUGCAUGCGCAAGCAGUGAAACCCAGAAGUAACCCGUUCCGUUACUUCCGGGUCACCACGGAGCGCAACCCGAAAACGCUCAACCCCGAAGCUAUUUCAACCCGAGGUAUGACUGUACACAUACAGUGGUACCUCAAAUUACAGACGCUUCAGGUUACAGCCUCAGCUAACCACGAAAUAGUACCUCGGGUUAAGAACUUUGCUUCAGGAUGAGAACAGAAAUCGCGCAGUGGUGGCAGCGGGAGGCCCCAUUAGCUAAAGUGGUGUCUCAGGUUAAGAACAAUUUCAGCUUAAGAACAGACUUCUAGAAUGAAUUAAGUUCUUAACCCAAGUUACCACUGUAUAUAAAACAAUUUAAAACAAUUCAAAACCCUUUUUAUGUAUGGAUCAUUAUCUAUCUAUCUAUCUAUCUAUCUAUCUAUCAUCUAUCUAUCUAUCUAUAUCUAAAAAUAGUUUAAAAUAGUUCAAAACCACAUGCUGAGUGUGAUUUUAAAAAAGCCACAUCUACUUAAAAAGGCUUGCUCUCCAAUAUAGCUCAGUAUCCUGAGCUGCAUUGUGGGUAAUAUCAGCGCUCUGGGCAACCUUGCCAGGGCGCAUCUGCCUGCUGCUCCCGAGUGCCAGUCAGUCCCCUGGAGGCAAGAACGGGAGAAGGGCACUUCUCUGAGCACGAGAGAGGCACAUGCUUGGCUGGUGGCUGGGACCAAGAAUGGAGUUGAGGACGGAGUGGUCCCUGCAGGACGCUCCUGGAUUUGCAGCGGCACCUGCAUCCAGGGAUGAGUGACAGGCAGGCUGGUCUGUCUCCUUCCCCAGCGGAACCAUGUGGGACGUGAGGAACGUGCCACAGCCACAGAGUGAGUCAGCUGACCCCCUUUUGCUUUCUCUGUGGCCGGCCUCUCCCUAACUUAAGGAAGCUGCGUUUCAUCUCUAGGCAAAUUUCACUCGAGCUGCAGAGUGUUUAGGGAUUGAGCCAUGUGUGCACAGAUGCAGGUGGAUGCAAGCGUGGGUGGGGCUAUAGAAUAUUCGGUGUCGGAAGAAUAUGAAAGGGCGGGGGAGAGAAUUCAAAGGGAAAACAUAUCCACCCGGGUCUUCACACCCCCAUUCUGAUAUUAUGUUGGGGGAGAGGUGGAAAAUUAAAGUGGCAGGUGGAUUCAGCUGCCUGGUGCUGUUCAGAGUGAUGGCUGGGGGAAAAAAUUAAAGUUGGGGGGGUGUUCAGUGGUGGGCUCUCAAAAGGUGCCAGGGUACCAGCCGCUGUCCAAGGGUGCCAGGUGAUGAUCCUUGCCCUUGCUAUUUUCCGCUGCCUCUGUUUCCCCCCACAACAUCUUUGUAGCGAGUUUUAGAAUGCAAUCUCCUCGGGGCAGAGUCCUGUCCGCUUGCAUUUUGCAAAAGGCCCAUGCAACACUGACGGCAGUGUUAACAUAUGAAAUCAGUCUGUCGGGUCACGAUGAACAAAAUUUAAGGCUGUAUGCUGAGCCCCUGUAUUCCAGUAGCUCUGACCCAGGCUGCCCCACUCUGCUCCGUCAUACGCCUGGAACCCUGCAGGAGACCCACAGAUUGCCCCCCCCCUUGCAUAAUGCAAUGGACUCGGGUGGCGCAAUGUUAUUGGCUUGUCUCAGGAGGACCUUAGUCGUAAAGGAGUAUCAGGUACCGGGCGAGAACCUCCUUCCUUGGAGGUUUUUAAGCAGAGGUUGGGUGGCCCUCUGUCAUGGAUGCUUUAGUUGAGAUUCCUGCAUUGUCGCGGGUUGGACUAGAUGGCCCUUGGUGUCCCUUUGCAAUUCUAGGAUUCUGUGAGAUCCAAACAGCUGCUUUUAGGCAGGUUGGUUUUUGUGUUACUCUGUAAGUUCCUCUUAUCUGCAAACCUCCAUAACCACUUCUAAAAAUGUCCUAGAAGAAUCUCAGCUCAGUGGCAGAGCAACUGGGUCACAUGCAAAAGGUCUCAAGUCCAGGCUGUAACAUCUUCAAGCACAGCUCGGAAAAGACCCUUGUCUGAAAUCCCAUUGCUAGUCAGUGUAGCCAAUAGUGAGCUAGAUGGACCAGUGAUGUAACUCAAUAUAAGGCAGUUCCUUAUGUUCCUGUUUAGUGAGGGCCAUAUAGCUCAGUUGGUAGAGAAGAAGAAGAAGAGUUUGGAUUUGAUAUUCCGCUUUAUCACUACCCUAAGGAGUCUCAUGGGACACGGGUGGUGCUGUGGGUUAAACCACAGAGGCUAGGGCUUGCCGAUCAAAAGGUCGGCGGUUUGAAUCCCCACAACAGGGUGAGCUCCCGUUGCUCGGUCCCUGCUCCUGCCAACCUAGCAGUUCGAAAGCAUGUCAAAGUGCAAGUAGAUAAAUAGGUACCACUCCGGUGGGAAGGUAAACAGCGUUUCCGUGCGCUGAUCUGGUUCGCCAGAAGCGGCAUAGCCAUGCUGGCCACAUGACCUGGAAGCUGUAUGCCGGCUCCCUCGGCCAAUAAAGCGAGAUGAGCGCUGCAACCCCAGUCGGCCACGACUGGGCCUAAUGGUCAGGGGUCCCUUUACCUUUACCUUUUAAGGAGUCUCAAAGCGGCUAACAAUCUCCUUUCCUUUCCUCCCCCACAACAAACACUCUAUGAGGUGAGUGAGGCUGAGAGACUUCAGAGAAGUGUGACUAGCCCAAGGUCACCCAGCAGCUGCAUGUGGAGGAGCGGGGAAGCGAACCCGGUUCACCAGAUUACGAGUCCACCGCUCUUAACCACUACACUCACACUAGCUCACACUAGCAUCUGCUUUGCAUGCACAAGAUCCUAGGUUCAACAGGUCUCCAGGCAGGGUUGGGAAAGGGAUUCCUUGCCCCAAACCCUGGAGAGCUAGAGUCUGUCAAGGUUGGCAAAACAACGGGUCUGAGUGCAAGGCGGCUUCCUAUGGAAAUGCUGUCAGCUUGAAGCAACAUUGAUGGGUGUAGAACUCUUGCAUCCAAAACAGAAACCCAAAUCCAGCCCUGGCACGCUAUGCGAAGUCCCCAGCAGUCCGUAAUGAUAGGUGCGCCCUGAGGACUGUGCUGCGCCUUUAAAUGGUAAUCAGAAUGGCAUUCCUUCAAGCAGCUAGUUUUGCAUUUGUGGAAAUGCCUGUUGAUAAUUUCUCUUGCAGAAAAAACCCCAAGUUAGUACCAUACAAAGGCCCUGUUCUCUCCUCUCCCCAUCUCAUGUGCAACUCUCUUUUCUGAAUCCAGCAGCAUCAUUUUAAACGUUGCUCCAAAAAUUGCCUUGACAAUCCAUUCAAGAUAAAAUGUGUUUCCUCUUCAAUUUACCAGCAAUGUCCCGUUUCAGAGCACCAGAAAGCAAAAAAGAAAAACUAGUUCAGAGCCAGUCCCCUUGUUCCCAGUCAGAGGCAUGGCUAGUAGAGAGUUUGCAUAGUAAGGAAGGGUUGUAGAUCAGCAGUAGAGCAUAUCUGCUCUGCAUUUAGGAAGUCCCAGAUUUGAUCCCAGUAUCUCCAGGUAUAACUGGGAACGUGCCAUGUCUGAAACCCCGGAGAGAGGCUGUGAGUCCCGGCUACCCAGUGGUUCCUAAACCAUUCCCCACUAUGGACCACUUGAAAAUUGCUGAGGGUCUUCUGGGACCAAUUAAUGAUUUUUCUGCGUCUUGUAGCAACUAUACUUUUGCUAGAUACGGCCAUUUUUUUAAUUGUAUUUUUCGUUGCCGCUUUCAGCCAGCGUGGUGUAGUGGUUAAGAGUGGUGGACUCGUAAUCUGGUGAACCGGGUUCGCUUCCCUGCUCCUCCACAUGCAGCUGCUGGGUGACCUUGGGCUAGUCACACUUCUCUGAAGUCUCUCAGCCCCACUCACCUCACAGAGUGUUUGUUGUGGGGGAGAAUGUUAGCUGCUUUGAGACUCCUUCGGGAAGUGAUAAAGCGAGAUAUCAAAUCCAAACUCCUGCUCCUCCUCCUCCUCUUCUUCUUCUUCUUCUUCUUCUUCUUCUUCUUCUUGCCUUGCAAGUCGAACGUUUUGGCUCCCGAAUGCCGCAAACCUGUAAGCGAGGGUUCCGGUUUGUGAACGUUCUUUGGAACCCGAACAUCCAAUGUUGGUUCUGUGGCUUCCGAUUGGCUGCAGGAACUUCCUGCAGCCAAUCGGAAGCCGUGCCUUGGUUUCCGAACAUUAUGGAAGUCGAGCAGACUUCCAGAAUGGAUUCCUUCCAACUUCUGAGGUAUGGCUGUAUUGUAUUUUGGUGUGCUAUAGCGAGAACUGCAGUACAGUAAGAUGCAAUAAUAAGUUCAGUUAAAAACAGAUAAAAAUAUUUCUUCAACCAUAAAUCCACAGGUGCCGCAGGCCCCCUGAAUGAAGCUUGUGGGUUGCUAACUGGAAAUCCAAGGGGUGACGGCAGUACUGAGCAAGAUGAACCGGUAAUCUCAUUGCGUACAAGGAAAUUUCCAUCGCUCAAUAGUAAGAACAUCUGCUUUGCAGACAGAAGGUCCCCCAGUCCUGUCCCUGGCAUCUCCAGGCAGGAUGGGGAGAGACCCCUCUGGAAAACCCUGGAGAGCAGCUGCCAGUCAGUGUUGACAACACUGACCUAGAUGGGCCAAUGGUCUGGCUCUGUAUAAGGCAGCUUCCCAUGCAUGCAACUCUCUGUGGAAAGUGAUCAUUGGAUUUGGUCAAAUGAUUAAAAGGAAAUAAUUUCACAGUCUUCCCUUUAUGAUCCAAUCGAAAUACUUCUUCCCCAGGGACAGGGAAAACCUCUGGCCCUCCAGAUGUUGCCAGUCUACAGCUUCCCUCAUCCAUCCUUGACUUUGCUUGCUGGGGAUCUACUCAGCAGCAAAUCCCAUUGCACUCACUGGAUUGCUAGGGACAGUCCCAUUGAUUUUAGUGAGAUAAUUAAAUACAUGUUUGUUAAAUGCAUGUUUAUUAAGUGUGCAGUCCACAAAUGAUGCAGUUAAGUAAUUUUGAAUUCUGGGUUUAAUGGCCUCAUGGGUGCCGCUCUUUAGAUGCUAAUGUGCUUUACCUCCUUAUUUCAAUAUGCAGAAAGAAAGCCCUGGUGUGUUUGGGGAUCCUUUUGCUGAGUGGGGGCCCUGGAGAUCAGCCCCAAAAUCCUGCCAUGAGGAUACCAGCGCUGCAAUUUUUUGUGCAGGUUUUCUUGGGAAUAAGCCCAAAAAGUCUAGUCCAAAUAACUCCAGUAGGGAUGAAACAGGCUUAAUUGUUUCCUUCCACAACAUCCUCUGUAUCUUAUUACAUUGUUGUUCAGUCUUGGGUCCCCCUCCAGUUUUUGGGCUACAGCAACAAACACCACCCCAUACCCAUUGGCUAAGCUGGUUGAGAAUGAUCUGAUCUGAGAAUUGUUGGCGUCCAGUCUGUCUCAAGAGACAAGGGAGUGUGCCUCUGGGCGUGAAGUCAAACUGCUGUGUUAGCAGUACCAAAGUGAUUUAUUCAAGGUGCGAUCCUGAGCAGCGUUUCAGGAGGUCCUGGGCUGCCCUGACCACAACAUCCCUCUCUCAGCCUUGCUGAUGCGGUCCAAAGGAAAGCAGAGCAAGACGUUUGGGAAUCUGGGAAUAUGGCUGGGGAUAUGGGAGCUGUGGCUGGGAUGUGGGUGGCCCUGUGGGUUAAACCACAGAGCCUAGGACUUGCUGAUCAGAAUGUCGGUGGUUCAAAUCCCUGCGGCGGGGUGAGCUCCCGUUGCUCGGUCCCUGCUCCUGCCAACCUAGCAGUUCGAAAGCAUGUCAAAGUGCAAGUAGAUAAAUAGGUACCGCUCCGGUGGGAAGGUAAACGGUGUUUCUGUGCGCUGCUCUGGUUCGCCAGAAGCGGCUUAGUCAUGCUGGCCACAUGACCUGGAAGUUGUACGCCGGCUCCCUCAGCCAAUAAAGCGAGAUGAGUGCUGCAACCCCAGAGUCGGCCACGACUGGACCUAAUGGUCAGGGGUCCUUUACCUUUAUGGGAGCUGUAGUCCACCAACAUCUGGGAAUAUGUAUCAAAUCAGUGUUUCCCCAGCUUGGGUCUCCAGCUGUUCUUGGACUGCAACUCCCAUCAUCCUUCGCUAGCAGGACCAGUGGUCAGGGAUGAUGGGAAUUGCAGCUGUUGGGGAAACCCUUUACUAAUCUUCUUUUUCAAAUGGACCUUUUGUUGCCCCGCCUGGAAAAGGUUUUUCGUGUCGCUUUGUCUCUGCAGAGCUCCGCUGGCUUCAGUUCAGCCGGCCGACGGAUGGGGGCAGCCGGGGGCUGCUUUGCGCGGCGUCUCGCCUCCUUUCCUCCUUCAGGACGCGAGAGGGAGCGAAAGAGCUUCUCCCGCCCCCUUGGCCCCGGCAGGAGGAGGCGGGCCGUGACGCCAGACUCGUUUUUCCCCCGGCAGGCCGGCCUAUAGAAAUAGCCGUGCCGGGCAGCCGCCAGUCACUCGUAGCGCUGAAUGAACCCGAUGCGGGGCGCAUCUAUUAAUCUGAUCUCAAAGAGAAGGGCACUUAAGGACUAACAGCCUCGCUUUCCCGCUUUGCAAGGGCUUGCUCCGAUUCUUGACCGGGGAUCGAAGAGAGAGCUGUCCUUCCUUUCAAUCCAGCAGGGGGAAGGGGGAAUUUCUUUUUGGAAAGUCGGUUUAGAUACAUAUUAAAUUGCGUUACAGCCUAGACGCCUUAAGAGACGACAGGAGUCCCCCGAUUCCUGGAAAAGGAAGCGAGACAGACCCAAAAGAUAAUAAUAAAAAGGAAAGAGAAAGGGCUUCUUCCCUUUGUUUUCUUCCCUCCACCCACGUCUCGCCUUUCCUCCGGCCGCCGCAUCCUCAACCCAAGGUGGAACCGGGGCGCGUCGAGACCUUCGCUUUAAAAAUGCCGAUGGAGCUAACGCAAAGCCGCAUCCAGAAAAUUUGGCUCCCGCCCGACAAUCACCCGGCGCUGCCCCAUAGAUGUGAGUACAAUAGGGUCUGGGGGUGGGAAUCGAUCGGCGGGGGUCGUUCAAGUAAUCGGCAGGGAUUCGGAGCAUCCUCGCAUCCGCUAAACCAGGCACGAGAUGCUGAAGGUUGGAGGCGCCUCGGCGUCGGUUUUGGAGACGGGGCGUCCUUGAGUAUUCGUGGAGGAGAGUGAACGUGAUUUGGGGGGCGUGAGACUUUUUAGGGGGGUACGCAAAGGACCCGGUUGACCCCUAAAAUCUGUAGAAGAGAAAGAUGGGUCCGGUAAAAAUAAGGAUCUGAUUUAAACUAGAAUGCAUUUUUUCCCAUUUUUUAAGAAAUUGGGUAGCAUCCAGUGCGUAAAACGCACUGUGCGCAUAUUGUGCGCCGGGGAAUUGGCGUUUUCAUUGUUUUUUUGUGUGUGUUUAGACUGAAAAGUGUGUUUUUUCCCCCGCCUCUCUUUUUGGUGGGACGGGAGUCUCGAGCUGUGCAGCCCCGCGUGUACCCCUCCGCGCGCCCGUUCUCGGCGCCGUGGGCGGGGAGCCGGCACCGUGCGGGCUGCCGGCCACCGGCAACCUUGCGCGCCUCUCCUUCGCCGGUACCCGGAAACGAGCCGCGCCUCCACGGCGGGCGGAAAGGGCUCGGCUGCCGCGUGCGGAGAAGCGGCGGCUAGGGAGCCGGGCCUCGCUUUCCCCCCCGUGGGAAAAGGGUUGAAACCGAGCCUUGGAGAAGCUGCCGGCUGGAAGGAGAGAGCCGGCUGCGCCUCUGCCUCGCUUAUCGCGAAGGUCCGGCGAGGCAGGGAAGAAGCUAUUCCCGGCUAGCCGGGCCGGCAGGGCCAUGUGGAUGACCUGAAAUGCUCUCCUUUGCGCCGGUGCGCCACGCCUCCGCUUCCUCUGCCCUCCUCCCGCCGCGGCGGCGAUGCGAUGCGCUGCACGACUCGCAUGGCGGCGGCAGGGGCGCGCUCCCCUCCAGGGGCUCUCCGCGCGCGAUGUGCGGAGCAGGCGCCUGCCUCGCUGCUGAGUCACGCCGCGGCUCCUCGAUGCAGCUCCGGGUGGUGCCUUGGGGAUUCCCAGCAGCUCUCCCAGGAAAGCGGCGGUCCCCCAUGGCUCGAGGUCUCCCGCCUCCUGGAGAGCGCACCGGAGGCUUCCUUUGGCGUGCAAAGCGGUGGCGACCCGAGCUGAUGCUCGGCUUUCCUCGGUGAAAGGCGUGUCCCAGCCGCCUGCGCAUCGCUCAGCGUGGGAACCAUCCCCCGGCGGGGUCGUCGCGCCCCUGGGGAAAUAGCUGCCCAUCCGGAUGAGUGGGUUGCUGGGGCCGGCGGGAAGAGGACCCCGGCUCCACGUGGGUGGGAGAAAAAGGUCGGGCUGCAAGAGAGGAGGAGGAGGAGGGAUGGGUGCCUUGCCGCAUUGCACCUCCGAGGAAGCUCCCCCUAUUACCUCCUCCCCUUUCCUAUUCUCCCAGUUUUGCUUGCGGAAGGACCCCCUGCCUGCUCAUCUCUAGUGGAAGGGGCAGGUUCACCCCACACAUUUUAAGCACAUGACUCCCGCUGCCGCCACAAAGAAUCUUAGGAACUGUAGUUUGAUAGGGUGCUGGGAAUUGUAGCUCUCUCGGUGUGAAACUACGUUUCCCAGGAUUCUGUGGGGGGCCUUCAGGUGGUUUGUAUGGAUCUGGCCUGAUUGGCAACGAUCCCAGGAAGCUGAGCUUUGUGGACCAGUUUUCUGACUUAAAGGAAAGGUCCUUGGCUCAGCCGCAUCUGAUCUGCAUCGGGAGCCAGGCAGGUUCAGUCCGGGGCAUCUCCGGAUAAGGGCUGGAAGUGUCCCCUGCCUGCAACCUUGGGAGACUUGGCUGAGCAAACCUAGGUGAUCCUGUGCUGCGUGGACCAAAGGCCUUGCUCCAUAUAAGGCAGCCUCUCCUGUUCUUGUGGAACAGGCAACUUCUUAACAGCAGGCUUUCAGUGGGGCUGCCGCCUUUGGGCGGUACAAUCUGCUGUGCCUUUGCAGAAAGGGGAACCUUUGUCCUUCCUGAUGAUGUGGACUUCAGAAUCUCAUCAACCCACAACCAGGUCAGGGAUGAUGGGAGUUGUAGUCCAGCAACUCCCUUAAGAGCAGCUAGGCACAAAGACAAGCCUCUUGCAAAGGGAUUUCCUUUUGCAAUCUUCACUUGAUUCCCUCCUCUUUCCCUGGCAGCUGAAUUAAUUCAUGCACAUAGUUAAUCUAGGCAUUUUCUCUCAAUCCACAUCUUCCCCUCUGGAUUUUAAUUAUGUUUUGUCUUUUAAAAGCCCCCAAGGAACCGGGGAUGUUCCUAAGCACUGCUGUCCAAGAAGCAGUGUUGGAAAGCCUCUCUUGAGUUGUGGGUGGGGGCUUCGAAGCCCUGAAUCAGUCAUUCAUCUCCCAUCCCUGUUGCCUUGUGACCGGCUUUGCUGCCUGUUGGGCCAUGUGCCCACCUUGAAGGGAGAAGGUUAGCCUUAUGGGGGAAGAGAACAGGUGGCGCUUCCUUACCCACAGUCUUUGGGGCCCUUGCAAAAAGCAUACCCUGUCUUUAAAAUGAGUGUCACCCCCCAUUCCUAUUCUCUGAGAGCCUUUCUGUUCAUGUUUGUAAUUGUGCAGGUAGAGAUUCCUUUGGUUACGCCUAUUUCUCCUUGUAGCAUAAAGGAAAAACCCUAGUCUCCCUUCGCAAGCUCUGGGUUCAUUUUACUCUUCUGGGUACCUCUUUGCAAAAAAAAGAUGAGGAAGGCUUGAAAUAAUGGGAUGCAUUCAGCUUGGGCUCUUAUCUGAUGCAAAUAGAGUGAAACCCAGGAGGGAGGAGCGAGGAGUCAUUUGCUGCUUCUUUCUAAGCAUCCUGCAGUUCAGUCACUCUGCAUGCCUUGUGGGUGUGUCUGUGUGGUCUUUGAGAGAUCUAAUUUCAGGGCUGGCGGCUGCUGCUGCUGCUGUUGCAGAGUGAUGCCUUGCUGGGUUUCCUAGGGGCGAUCCAUUCAUUUUCUGUCAAAUUGCACGUCUCCCACGUAGGAUCUGGCGGCGCUGCUGGCUGAAUGGGCAGAGAUGACGUGAGGCCAGCAAGGGAGGAGAAUGGCGUUGGGGAGAGCUCUCUCUUUCCCAGAUUGCAUUGGUGUGGCAUGUGAGGACAGAAAGAGCGGCUUAAACAUGUUAAGCUCAACCAUUGCAUUGUAGUUUCAAAGUGCCGUUGCCCCAGCCCCUUCCACCAACCCCUUGGUACAGAAUAUAUAGUGCUGUUUCUUUUGUGUAAUUUUGCAGUGUGAAGUGUAGCUGGCAGUGGCCUGACUCCCCAAUUCCAUAGAAUUGCUUCUGGGUGCUUGCCAGAGUUUCUUGACAAUUUCAGCCGCUCCAGGUAUGAGUACAGGUGUAGAUGUGAGAUGAGCGCCACACCCCACAAUCGCCUUUGACCGGACUUAAACCGGUCCAGGGGUCCUUUACCUGCAGGUCUUUUCAGACUGUUGAAAUGAAAUGAAAUUUAUUACGGUCCCAAACCAGAUUCUUUCAGACCGUUAGUUUAGAAGGCAGUGAAUGCAGAACUGCUGCUGGUUUGCUGCAUGGAAUCGCAAUGUUGUAUAUAUUUGUUCUGGAGCCUCGUAUAUAUUACCCCCCCUCCAGACUUCAAACACUUAAUAUAUUUUUCCUUGGGAUAUGAGAUUGUGUCUCCCAGUUAUUGGGUCUGUUGCCUGUCUGGAGUGACUUGCAGUGUUUGAAAUGUCCCUGUUAGAUCAUGCUUCUGAGGAUAAAUGAUGCAAUAUCCUUCCUGGACCACAUUGUGUCCUGUAACAUUAAUUCUUUUCGAAAAAGCCUCUCGUUGCUUAAGUGCUCAUGUAGCCCUCUCUGAAAGCCGAAACAGCCACAAAUGACUGAGCCCCAUCAUUAACCUUUCCUCACAUCCCUCCUUCUGAAAUACGUGCAUUAAUGCUUUCUGAUGCAAGACCCCACACAUCCCCGCACCCCACUUUUUCGGCAACCCCUUCUCCGUUAUGUGUGGGGAAAAAAUAUAUUGCUGGUGUGUAGCUUUUUGGAAAGCCUUUUUAAAAAUUCUGGAUAAACUUGGAGGCUUGCUGCGCUUUGAGAAAACACUUAACUGCAUUCAAAGCCUGGAGCAAAAUAAGAAAAAAGUGUUCGACGAAGCACGCACUCGAGCGUGGCUUUCCAGUAAUAUUUUAACGACAGAUGCGCUUGGCUCCAAAUCCCUACAUCUGAGCCUUGGAAUGAGGAUGGAAUUUAAAAGUGGUCAUAUGCCUCUGCUCCACCACUCCUGGCUGUUAAGUGGUACUUACAGUAAUGAAGAGAACCAGGCUUUGCUGAAUCCCCCCCCCCCCCCAAUACAGUGGUACCUCGGGUUACAUACGCUUCAGGUUACAGACGCUUCAAGUUACAGACUCCGCUAACCCAGAAAUAGUACCUCAGGCUAAGAACUUUGCUUCAGGAUGAGAAUAGAAAUCGUGCUACAGUGGCAGCGGGAGGCCCCAUUAGCUAAAGUGGUGCUUCAGGUUAAGAACAGUUUCAGGUUAAGAACGGACCUCCAGAACGAAUUACGUUCUUAACCCGAGGUACCACUGUGCUCUUAAAGCAUAGCAGGACUUCAAGUCCUUCUGGGUCACUGCUGUCCUGAAGCAUCAAAAAUGCAAAGAGGAAAGGUCCUGUAAGUGUGGCUGAUGAUGAACCCAGCCUAGAUUUUUUUCUUCCUGGCCUUUUCCCCUUGGUGAUGUAGGGCUUGUGCUCUCAGUUUCUCGAUAUUGCUGUGACCAAAUCCUGACAUGUCCAAAUAGGACUUGUAAGAGACUGCCAGCUGAAGCCCCUGAGAGCUGCUGCCAGUCCCAGUGUUUCUCAACCUGUGUGUCCCCAGAUGUUGUUGGACUAUAACUCCCAUCAUCCCUGACCGCUGGUCAUGCUGGCUAGGAAUGAUGGGAAUUGUAGUCCAACAACAUCUGGGGACACACAAUGUUUAGAAACACUGGUAGACAAUCCUGAGGUAGAUGGCCCAGAGGUCUGACUCUGUAUAAGGCAGCAGCCUUGAGCUCCUACAUUUCAUGCUGCGAGGAUCUUCCGUACAUCACCUGCUUGCAUCCUCCUUUGCGAGGAUGACCCACCUUGUUCCUGUGCGAAACCUCUCGGCAGAGAUUCUUGGAAUGCCAGAAAGGAAGGCUGGAACUUUUUAUUGGAUUUGGCAUGGCUUUCCACUCUGAAACUCCCCCGGGGGCCAUCACGGCGGACUGGGUGCCAAUUGCUCAUCAUUCUGCCCUGAACUCUUCUCCUGCCUCCACAAACCGGCAGAGAUGGCUUGGCAAGAAUCCUUUUGCCAUCAUGCUCUCAUGCCAAUGCACUUUUAUAGACUAUUACACUUGUUUUGCUACAGGGAUGUGGCAGGUAGGAGGACCAAACCCAGAGAUUUAUACGGCCCUCUUGUGCCAGGUUCUGGGAGAGUAGCAGUGGAAAUCUGGGUUGCAAAGAAAUGAGUUUCCGUUCUGUUGAGCGACAGCCAGCUUGCUAUCUUGAGAGUUGUUAGCAACACCUGUGACUUGCACCUUGCAUGUCAGGGGAGCUUAGACAAAAGGAAGGAACCCUUCUGUAGAAUUUUAGGCUUUUUCUCUGAGUGGCUUCUAAGGUUCUGGGAGUAAAGCAAUUCUCAAGUCCUGUUCUGUUUUUGCGACCUGCAAGAGGCAGAAACUUGAAAUUCUUAGGCUGCUGAAUUCUGAGUUGGGCUCCGAUUAACACAAACAAACCCGUGUGUAUGUUUCAGAACAGCAGGAGAUUUCUUCCUGAGUGUCCUUGCCGCUUGGCUGUCUCUGUCUGGCUCAUGUCCCAGUCUAAGGAUGAGCCGGCAGGCUUUCAGCGUCUUGAUCCUUGAUGUCUAGCAGGUUUUGUCUCGAGGCUGCAGUAGAAAAGGCUGAUAUGCGACCAGGAUGUUCGCAUAAUGCUUUUUGAACAUUCCAAGUUGCUUUGCAUGCAUUCUCUUGGUAAUCUGGGAAUUAGGUCUGUUUUAUCCCCAUAUUGCAGAAAGAGGGACUGAGGCUGAGAGGCGGUGAUUAGCCUCUGGUCAGCUGCUGAGUUUAAUUCCGUGGAACCGGGGAGAGAUCUUAACUCACAGCUUUGUCUCUUGGCUGCAAGGCACCACUAUCUCCAUUGGGCCAGGCGUGCUGGCCAGUCUGGAUAGCUCAGCUGGUUAGAGCAUGGCGCUGAUAAUGCCAAGGUUGCAAGUUCAAUUCCUGUGUGGGACAGCUGCAUAGGAUUGGACAAGAUGGUUUGGACCCUUCCAACUCUAGAAUUCUAUGAUCCCAGUUGCCUGCCUUUAUAAAAACAUGUAGUAUUGAUAUGACAAGUCGUCUCCCUUUUCAACAUCCAUUUUCUUUCUCCCUUCUUCACCUGCCCAUAGCAUGUGGCCCUCAGCUUACCAAUUCCCCCACUGUGAUCGUCAUGGUCGGCCUCCCGGCUCGUGGGAAAACCUACAUUUCCAAGAAGCUGACCCGCUACCUCAACUGGAUCGGCGUCCCGACAAAAGGUGAGAUUCUGGGCUGACUUGAGGCUUUAUAGUUGAAGCCCCUGGGUGCCUGUGUUGGGAGCAACAGGUCCUGCUUCUAAGAAGUACCGUAUUUACUCAACUGUAAUGUGCUCCUUUUUUUGGUGCGCAUUAGAUUCGAUGGUGCAUUAGAUACAGUAUUUCAUUGGCUGUUCUGGGGAGGUAGGAUGCCGAACUAAUUAACUUUUGUUUUGUUUUUUCCAAAAAAAUUAUUGGUUUUCACAAUAUUAUAAACAAACAAACAAACAAACACACAAGACAAACAAACAAAACAAACAUAAAUCAUAGCCUUAUUAAAAAUUACAGUUAUUAACUUUGUUAAGUGACUUCCUCGCUUCCCCUUGGUUGAAUUUCAUGGCCUAUCCUUUUAACGGUUUUCCAAAUCCCAAUUUUUAUGAAAUUUAACUUAAACAUUAACAUCCUUAGAUCUUCACCUUAUAGAAUUAAACAUAUUAAUUCAUCACUUAACAUAAAUAAAAUCCUAAGCCCAUUAAGUAUCUGCAAGCUAUUUCCAGUUAGUUUAACUUAACAAAUUUAACUAAAUAAUCAUUAAAUUUAUCCCAUUCUUCCUGAUACUCCUGCUCCUUCUGGUCACGGACUCUUCUCGUUAGGUCUGCUAGCUAGCCUAGCUGAACUAAGUAACUUUUGGUCUCAUCCGGCAGAGUUAUUCUUUUUUGCUCUUACAGCGUCUGAUAAUUUCUCCUGCAUGACGUUGAGUUGCAUUUUGAUGCAUGUUGCAUCUGCCCCAAAGUCAGUUCUUGGAACUGGACCGCUGACCAAGCUAUUUGGGGAGUUUGGUUACCUGUUUCAGAGGCUCAAGUGUUGGGAAACCUCUGUUAUGUCCAAUAAUCUACUAGUGAUUUUCAUUGUGUGCUUCCAAGAUUUAUAAGGAGGUGGCUGUAGCUCAAAUCAUUUUUUGAGGUACCUGGGUCAGUGCAGGUCUUUCCCAAAGAGAAACCAGAGAGACAGAGGCAAUCCAUAACAGUCUCUCUUGGAAAUCACUUGCGGCUCCACAAAUAUGUUAGUAGCAUGGAAUCAUAGAAUUGUGGAGUUGGAAGGGGCCCCAAGAGUCAUCUAGUCCAACCCUCUGCAAUGCAGGAAUCUUUUUGCCCAGUGUGGGAUUCGAACCCACAACCCAGCAUGUAUCUAUGCUUUUCACUCGUCUGGAGGAAAAUGAGCCAUGCUUUCAUCUGCUUUUACAAAAAAAAAGGGGCCCUUCAGGGGGACCCGAUUCAGGCAGGCAAGUGGCUGUUUACAAGCCCGACCCACGCAGCUUGUUCUUGGAAGAGAAGUUCAUUGAAUUUCAUGGGUUUCCAUGUCUUUUUCACUUAACAAAAGUGCAGGCGCCUUGACUCUCCUUGACUCUUUCUCCUUGCAGUGUUUAAUGUCGGGGAGUAUCGGCGUGAGGCCGUGAAGCAUUACAGCUCCUACGACUUCUUUCGUCCUGAUAAUGAGGAGGCUAUGAAAGUCCGCAAGUAAGUCAAGCUAUUAUGCUCCAAGUUUCCUCCAUCCUGGUUUGUUUGUUUUUUACCUUCUGCUCUUUUCUUGAAUUGAAAGUUUGACUUUUGGGAGCUCGUAUGUUUCAAUGCCAGUUGGGAGGCCUCUCCAGGGUGCUUCGUAAAAGGUAAAGGGACCCCUGACCAUUAGGUCCAGUCGUGGCCGACUCUGGGGUUGCGGCGCUCAUCUAGCUUUAUUGGCUUCCGGGUCAUGUGGCCAGCAUGACUAAGCCACUUCUGGUGAAAUUAGAGCAGUGCACGGAAAUGCCAUUUACCUUCCUGCCGGAGUGGUACCUAUUUAUCUAAUUGCACUGUGUGCUUUUUAACUGCUAGGUUGGCAGGAGCUGGGACAGAGCAACAGGAGCUCACCCCGUUGCUGGGAUUCGAACCGCCAACCUUCUGAUCAGCAAGCCCUUGGCUCUGUGGUUUAACCCACAGUGCCACCUGCAUCCCAGGCUGCUCUGUAUCCCCAAGCCAAUAUAAGAAGUAGCAAGGUGCCCUGUUGGUUGCGUGGAGUUGGCUUUUGAGCCUCAAAAGAGCUCUUGUCCACAUCAGCACAUCAGGGCAGUGACUGGCCUUGCAGACCCAUGGGGAAGACCGACGAGCCAAGCAUGGGGACGAACCGGGGUUCCCUCCUUGGGGAUGGGGUGGGGAGGCUUUGGGAGGUGAUGGACGGAACGUCGUCGUUCUGUGUCUUUUUUUGGGGGUAGCAUAAUUGGGGCCAGUUGGCCCUUGGGCUUCCUGUAAAAGCUAUGAUUCGAAAUGUCCUGAACUUGCCUUUUCCCUGUUGUUGCAGGCAAUGUGCCUUAGCCGCCUUGCGAGAUGUCAAACUGUACUUGUCCGAGGAAGGUGGCCAGAUUGCGGUGAGUGUCGCAUCCUGAGAGUGAUGUGGUUGUCUCUGGAGCUUGGCUGCAGCUUCCUGUUGAGGCCAUGUUUGAACAGCUGGUGUCCGGGGGGGGGGGGGGGGGAAAGGCGCUCCUGUGUACACUUCAGCUCAGGGGUAUGGCGAUUCUCUCUCUUUUAAUUGACACCCCACCUACACCACUGUAUAGUCAUACCUCAUGUUACGUUUGCUUCAGGUUGCGCGAUUUCAGGUUGCGUCCCGCGGCGACCCGGAAGUACAGUGGUACCUCAGGAUGCGAACGGGAUCCGUUCCAGAGCCCCGUUCGCAUCCCGAACAGAACACAAGACGCGGCUGUGUGGGUCACAUUUCGCCGCUUCCACGCAUGCACGUGACGUCAUUUUGAGCGUCUGCGCAUGCGUGAGCGGCGAAACCCCAAAGUAAUGCGCUCCGUUACUUCUGGGUUGCCGCGGAGCGCAACUCGAACACGCUCAAGCCAAAUCGCAUUCAACUCCAGGUAUGACUGUACCGGAAAGAGUUUUGCUGCUCGUGCAUGCGCAGAUGCGCAAAAUGACGUCACGCGCAUGCACAGAAGUGGCAAAUCGUGACCCACACACGCACAGAUGUGCAGAUGCGGGUUGCAUUCUUUUCAGGUUGCGAACGGGCCUCUGGAACGGAUCCCGUUCGCAACCAGAGGUACCACUGUAUUUUAAACUUACCAAGAAAGAGGGAAUACACUUCUUGUCUUUAACAGGUAGGAUCAUAGAAUUUUAGAGUUGGAGGGACCACGAGAGUCAACUACUCCAACCCUUCCGCUAAGCAGGAAUCUUGCCCAAGGUGGGGCUUGAACUCACAACCGUGAGAUUAAGAGUCUUGUGCUCUACAGAAACUGACUCUGCACUCUGGCUUAAGAACAGAAGAGCCCUAAUGGGCUCUAGCUCUGUGGGAGACCACUUGCUUUGUGUUAAGAAGGUUCUGGGUUCAGUCCUUCAUUUAAAAAAAAAAGCAAAUGGAAUGUUUAACCCACAGCAAUUGUUUCCCCAUGCUUUUAAGAACGGCUGAUGUUCUUUUCGAACAGUUUUGAUUUUAGUGUAUGUCUGAAUGGACUCAUCCUAUUUUGGUUUGCUCUUUUGGGGUAUAUCGUGUAUUAGCCUCUACCCCCAAUAAUUUUAAUUUAUGCUUCCAUUGUUUCUUGCUGCUUUAUCAGCCACAUUGGGAACAUAACUUUCUAUUGAAACAACAUUUAAUUUACCGUGUAUGCCAAAAUAGCUUCCAAGCAGAGGACAACACAGUCAAUACAGAAUUAAAACCCACAAGCACAACUUCACUGGGUCAUUAAAACAUCCUUAAUUAAAAUAUACAGCAAAAAUGAACAAUUAAAAAACGUAAGAAUUGGAACAGUUUUCAAAAUAAACAAUAAAAUCAGAAGAUCUGCUAGGGGGGAAGUUUCUGGAGCCGGUCGAAUGCCAAUACUAAUGAGGCCUCUCAUAUUUCAGCCGAGGGGGUAUUCCACAACAAAAGUGCCAUAAAUUAAAAAAGCACACCUCCACAUUGCCACAAGCCAGUAACCACCCAAAGCCAAUUUAUACCCCUCCUUUCAAGUUAAGUGCAUGUCAGUAAAAAUAAUAAUAAGCCCCAUGACAUUAUUUCUCUUCUUUUCUACCCACAAAGGUUUUUGAUGCUACAAACACCACACGCGAGAGAAGAUCUAUGAUCUUGCAUUUUGCCAAAGAAAAUGGUUUCAAAGUAAGUGUUUUUGUUUUAAGUGAUGUAUUUCUGAAUGAAAAUAAAUGAUUGCAGCCCUGCCUUUUAGGCUUGCUCUUGGCUGUGCCUGUUGAUGUGUCUGAAUGCCGCCCUGGUCUCCUAGGAGAUGACCUGAGCAAUCAUUGUACCGAUGCUGUUUUCUUUUAAAAGUAGGUUACACAUAGAAUCAGAAGGGGUCCCUGUGGUCAUCUAGUCCAGCCCCCCUUGCAGUGCAGGAAUCUCAGCUAAAGCAUCCAUGAAAGAUGGCCAUCCAACCUCUGCUUUAAACCCCCAAUGGAGUCUGUUCCAAAUGGCUCUUACUGGUAUGCCCCGCAGAGGACCUUAAGGUCCAUGAAUAACCACAGUUUAGAGGUCCCGGGCCCUAAGGAAGUCAGACUAUCCUCCACCAGAGCCAGGGCCUUUUCAGUGAUGGCUCCAACCUGGUGGAAUGCUCUGUCCCAUGAGACCAGGGCCCUUCAGGAUUUAACCUCCUUCCGUCGGGCCUGUAAGACAGAGCUAUUCCUCCUGGCCUUUAAUUUGAAUUCAGCCUGAUCUUUUAUUCCCUUUCUCUUCCCUCCCCUUUUAUGAAGAUCACCCGCUCUGAGACCCCACAGCUAAUUCUCCCCUGGUCUCCUCGCUGGCCCAAGUAGGACCAAUUCAGCCAGCUAGCCCUGGGGAUUACCUAAUGCUUAUUUCCCCUAAAUUGAUUUAAGUGUUUUAAAUUUGUUGUUAGCCACCCUGAGCCCAGUUUUUUGAAUCGGGAAGGGCGUGGUAGAAAUAAAAAUUGAUUAUUAUUAUUAUUAUUACUGUCCCCACAGUGAUGGGGAACCUCCAGUCCUGAUUUGGCCGGCCAGCCCCACAUGUGAUAGCACUAGGGCUGAAAAUGGGAUGGUUGGUUGCAGGCCCUGCCAGUCAGUUGUCAAACUUGACAGCAGAGGAUGGGGCAGGCGAGUUAAGGCUCCAAUACCCCACCCAUGUUGUUGUGGGCUCCCUUGAAACACAUAGGAUCAGCAGGGUGGAUUUGAUUUAAAUCAAAUCGAUCUAAAUCACGAUUUAAACCACUAGUCAUUAAGACUUGAUUUAAAUCAUUAUUUUUUUUACAGAAAGACUCAUUCUUGCUGGUAUAAUCUUAAUAUUGACAACCAGAUGAAGGUUUCAUUUUUUGGAAUAAAAAAUUUCCAGAGUAGUUUUUACAGUUAUAUCAAAAAUUACUGAUUUGGUUAUAUUAUUAGAAAUACAUUGACAGAUCAUUAUGAAAUUAUUGUGAGGUUUAAUAAGUUAACUGUUUAUAUUGGGACAACUUUUCUGCUGUACUUAAUUGGAAGCAGAAAAACAAUCGUUUCCUUAAUACUACAACAAUUUAAACAAUUUAUUUAACUAAAGCAAUAACGUUGUAGCAUAUGUAUCCAUGUUUGUUAACUGAUGUGGUUAAUUUUUUUUUAAAAAACACACACCUUAGGCUGAGUUUUAGCACACAUGAGAAACUUAAAACAAAUCAUUGUUUCCUGAUGAAUAGCCUUUGGACUGGAAUGUAACUUAAAUAGAAAACUAUCUUUAGAAAGAUUUCCCCUCCAAAAGCAUUUUAUUUUAAAAACUUAAUUAAAAAAUAUAUAAUUCUGAUUAAAUUUUAAAAAAAUCUGAUUUUUAUCCACCCUGGUGCCCAGUCUCCCAGGACAGAUUCCUGGCAUCUCCCGUUGCAAGAAGGAUUUUCAGCUGGCAGGGCUAAGGGCGACCUCUCUGCCCCGAGGUCUCAGACAGCUGAUGUCUGCCAUAGAAAGAGAUCUAGAUGGGCCAAGCUGCUUUGUGUGGUUUUAUUCCCUGCCUUAAACACACACACAUGGAUGUCCUCUUCCUUUCAGGUGUUCUUCAUCGAAUCUGUCUGCAAUGACCCGUCUGUCGUCGCUACGAACAUUAUGGUAAGUGUGAGAAAAGAGUUUCUCUUUGUAUCGGGGGGGUCUUGCCCCACCUGAAGGAGCUGUUUCGAAAAGGCACCAGGAGCUAUUCCUGCUGUUGCCCCAGCUGAAAUCUUUUCCUCGUCAGCAAACAUUAGCCUCUGUUAAGCAAGCACUGCUGUUUCACCCUCUUAGUUACCGUAUUUUUCGCUCCAUAAGACGCACCUGACCAUAAGACGCGCCUAGUUUUUAGAGGAGAAAAACAAGGAAAAAAAAUAUUCUGAACGAAACAGUGGGUGUAUGAUUUUUGUGGUUCAUGCUGUGGCCACAGACAUGUGAUUUGACGGUGAGUUUGGGGUAGCCCAGUGCAAAAAUCCUGAGGAUCCAUGUGGAUCCGUGCUUUGUAACCACGGGCCUAUGGGAAACCAGCAAGUGGGAUUCGAACACAAGAGCCCUAUCCCUUCCCAUAGUUUCCAGUAACAGGUUGUUGUUGUUUUUUGCAAGCAUUGCUGCCUCUGGCUGUGGAGCAGAGCAUAGCCAUUGUGGUCAGUAGGCCUUUCCCCCACGUGAAUUUGUGAAAUCCUCUUUUAAAGCCCUCCAAGUUGGGGCAGCGAUUUCCAUAGUUUAACUGUCCUGAAUCCUGCAACAUUCAGCUUCUUUGUAUGCCCGCGACCAGGACCAAUGGCACUUCCUGCCUGUGAUUCCCAGCAAACAAUAUACCGAGACAUACUGCCUCCAACAGAGGACAGAGAACAUCGCUGCCCUGACUAGUAGCUGUGAUAGCUUUAUCCACCAUCAAUUCAUUUAAUCUGCCGAGACCACAUAACACCGGUCUUUAAAGGCCUACAUUGGCUCCCAGUACGUUUCCGAGCGCAAUUCAAAGUGUUGGUUCUGACCUUGAAAGCCCUGAACAGCCUCGGUCCAUCAUUCUGCCCGGACACUGAGGUCCAGCGCCGAGGGCCUUCCGGUGGUUCCCUCACUGCAAGAAGUGAGGUUACAGGGAACCAGGCAGAGGGCCUUCUCAGUAGUGGCACCCACCCUGUGGAACGCCCUCCCACCAGAUGUCAAAGAGAACAACAACUACCAAACUUUUAGAAGACAUCUGAAGGCAGGCCUGUUUAGGGAAGCUUUUAAUGUUUGAUGUAUUGCUGUAUUUUAAUAUUUGGUUGGAAGCUGCCCAGAGUGGCUGGGGAAGCCCAGCCAGAUGGGCAGGGUAUAAAUAUUGUUAUUAUUAUUAUUAUUAUUAUUACUAUUAUUAUUAUUAUCCUCUUUUAAAGCCACCUGUUACAAGGAUUCAGGUGCUGGCUUCUUCAGGUGCUGGCUUUCCUCGCUUUUGUCCUGUUGUUGUUGGCUUUGAGUGACGGGCACCAGUCUGCCUUGUUCAGUCAGGCUGAUGAGGGAACAGCCAUGAGCAGCUCAGGCGAAUCCCGCUUUGCAAUUUCUCCUUAAUAUUUCUCUGUAACAUCAUGUCAGGGAACUGCCAUCGGAAGGAAGGGAGGUGAAAGGACUCAGACAGGUUGGAAGAGAUUCAGCAGCUGAAGAGGGAACCAGCAAGGGGAGAGAAGCUGAACUGAGGGAGGUGAAAGGGCUCAGACAGGUUGGAAGAGACUCAGCAGCGGAAGAGGAAACCAGCAGGGGGAGAGAAGCUGAACUGAGGGAAAGGGAGCUGGGGGGAUGGCUCAGAGAUACUUCCAGCGAAAACAGUGGUGAGGUUUCCGGACCUCCUGUAGCGACACCCACUCCUCGCCGGAAACUGUCACGCAGAGAGUCCAGAAGACGUGUUUCCGUUAAGGAGCUUUUAUGUUGGAAGCGAUUACGAAAGCAACCACUGUCGGAAUCUUCUAGUGACUAGAGGAGCCAUGUCAGAGGGGCUCAGUCACAGACAGAGGUUUGUGGACUUGAACAAACUCUGAGGGAAUACGAUUUUACGCACAAGCAGCUCAUAAUCCCAUCACAGCAUUCCGACAGUCUUUGAACGCAGCUUGUGCAGGAGAAGGCAUAAUGAGCAACCCAGCAGGAACCGGAGAAGCAGGGGCUGGAGCGGGUCCAAGCCUGGAAGAAAGGUACCGGGUGUUGGAGGUCCAGCUGGCGCUGCAGACGGCGAGGCUGGAGGAGAGGAGGGCUCAAGAUGCAGACAAAGGGAGAAAGCCACCCAGCUCGCCAGAAAGGUACCAGGAUUGGUGCAGAAAUUUGGGGGGGAGCCCAAAGACUAUCAUAGCUUUCGGACAGAAAUGCAAUAUGCCCUCAAUCUGCAGUUUGAUGAUUUCCCUGAUGAGGAAUCACGAGUGGCUUUUGUGAUUGGGCAUCUUGAAAAGGGGGCGAGAGACUGGGUGAGACCCCUGAUGGCAGCGCAUAGUGACGUCCUAAAGGACACGAUGAAGUUCUUUCGCGCCAUGGAUCUGAUGUUUUCCAGCGAUAUUGAAAAGGGAGUGGUGCGCAGACAGUUAAUGGCUUGCAAACAGGGGAGCCGAUCUGUACGUGAGUACUGGACUGAGUUCACCAUGCUGAUACACAGAUUGGGGUGGGACUUAUCGGCGGAACCCAUUCAAAUGCUCUUUGAAGAAGGGCUUUCUUCGGCUGUGAAAGAUGAACUUUCCCGGGCGCCCAGGGCGGAGUCUAUGGACCAGCUGACCAAAUCAGCGCUGGCCAUAGGAGCGCGCCAGGAGGCGAGAGCAUUGGAGAGGCGGGAAGGGAAAGGGGAACGUUGGAAGGAGUUCCGCAUUCCAGACAUUCCAGAGCCAACUGUCCCGCCGGCAGAGCCGAUGGAAAUCGGAACAGCGCGCGCGCGCGCAGUUUCAAAGCCCAGUGAGGGGGGAAAGAAGGAUGGAAAAGGCGCCCGGAAAUGCUAUCUCUGCCAACAGCCAGGGCACUUUGCCAGAGUCUGCCCCCAGAGGAAGGAAUGGCAAGGGAUGGUGGGAGCUGUGGAGGGAAGAGAGGAAAAAAUACCGGAGCAACUAAACAGCAGCCAGGCCAAAGAGCAGUGAAAGUGCCCACUCCAGAACCUCCUAAACCCGCCCUAGUGAUAGAAGUGACACUAGAGCUGCCAAACGGACACCCUCUAAAGAUAAAGGCGCUGUUGGACUCAGGCAGCUCCUGCAAUUUCAUGAGCAAAGAGUUUGCAGCUGAACACCAGAUACAGACGCUCCUUUAAGCAACCCCUGCAGGUAACCACGAUCGAUGGCAGGGAGCUGUUGGGAGGAGAAGUCAGCUUGCAGACCGUCCCAAUGAUAAUGAAGGUGGCAAGGCACACCGAACUAAUAGCAUUUAAUGUGGCCACCUUGGGAGGAGCUCCCAUUAUAUUGGGGAUGAGCUGGCUAGCGUUACAUGAUCCGCUGGUGGGCUGGCAUCAAAGAGUGGUUUCUUUUGGGUCAGCACAUUGCUUAGAACAUUGCAAAGAGGGAAGGGUUUUGGCAGGGGCCCAAGCCACUCUAGCAGGGACUGAAGUGACGGAGAACGUGAAGGUACCACGACAAUACGCAGAUCUCCGCGACGUCUUCAGCGAAAGGGAAGCUGACCAACUACCACCGCAUAGAGCCUUUGACUGUCAAAUCAAUUUGCUCCCUGGGGCACAGCUCCCUGUGGGCAAGCUGUACGCCAUGUCAGACAGAGAGAUGCAGGAGCUAAGAGAGUUCAUUGACAAGAACCUGAAGAGAGGGUUCAUCAGAGAGUCCAGGGCGGUGGGGCAGCCCAGUGUUUUUGUGGACAAAAAACACGAACAAGCCGAGACUGGUGUGUGACUUCAGGGCCUUAAAUGCAGUGUCAGAACCAGUGGCCUUCCCGAUGCCCAGGAUUGACGACAUUUUGACAAGGGUGCGGAAGGGAAAGAUUUUUACCAAGCUGGAUCUAAGGGGGGCGUACAACCUGAUACGAAUAAGGAAGGGGGAUGAAUGGAAAACCACCAUGUUCACCCCUUUAGGGGCAUUUGAAUACUUAGUUAUGCCCUUCGGUCUACAAGCAGGCUCCGCAACAUUUCAAUCGUUUAUGAACCACGUCCUGGGGCCGUUGCUUUACAAGAAUUGUGUGGCCUUCUUAGACGACGUGUUGGUGUAUUCUGAGAAUGAGGAGCAGCAUGUGAGAGACGUCAGAGAAGUGUUGAGCAGGCUGCAAGCCAACCAGCUGUGGGUGAAACUGGAGAAGUGUCAGUUUCAUACCAAGGAGGUGGAAUUCCUGGGGUAUCGCCUGUCUGACAAGGGGUUGGCCAUGGAUCCCGACAAGGUCCAGGCGGUACUGGAAUGGAAAACACCCAAAACAAGGAAGGAUGUGCAGAGGUUUUUAGGGUUUGGGAACUUCUAUCGUAAGUUCAUCCCAAACUUUGCCCACCUGACGGCGCCCAUUACGGACUGUCUCAGCAGUAAGAAGAAGUUCGUUUGGACGGAGGAGGCGGAGCAAGCAUUUGAGGAACUAAAAGGGCCUUCGCCUCGGAACAACAGCUCCUGCAUGUGGAUUUACAAAAACCGAUGAGAGUGGAAACUGACGCAUCAGACAGAGCGGUUGGGGCGGUGCUUCUCCAGCCAGGGAAGGAGGAGUCAGAGUGGAGACCGUGUGCUUUUUUUUCGCGAAAGCUGAACAAAUCCGAGAGGAACUACACGGUGUAUGACCGAGAACUACUAGCCAUUCAUGAGGCGUUCCGGAGAUGGAGGCACCUGCUAAUUGGCGCACAACAUAAGGUGCAAGUGUGCACUGACCACAAGAACCUAGAGUAUUGGAGGACGGCACGAGUGCUCAACCAACGGCAAGUGAGAUGGGCCCAGGAAUUCUCCAAAUUUAACUUUGAGAUUUGUUACGUGCCAGGCCCAGAGAACAUUAGGCGGACGCUCUCUCACGCAAACCUGAAUAUUGGGAGGGGAGGGAGCACCCGAAGAGAGACAUGUCAUUCCAGAGGACCGCUGGGUGUGUGGGGCGGCAUUGGUGGGACAAAGAGAACUGGUAGAAGAAACAGAGAAUGAUGAAUACGCCCAGAAUAAGCUCAGAGGUCUUAGGGAUGAGGGAGAGGAAUCAAGGGGUUUCGAGGAAAGAAAUGGAGCUUUGUAUUACAAAGGGGCACUGUAUAUCCCUGAAGGAGACUUAAGGGGGAGGGUACUCAAGCAGUUGCAUGACAGCCCCACGGCGGGCAUUUUGGGCAACACAAAACCAUGUGGUUGGUCACCAGGGAAUUUUGGUGGCCUAAGGUGAGGGAGGAUGUACGUGAGUAUGUAAGAGGGUGCGAGCAGUGCCAGCGAGCCAAAGGGGAAAGGCGGGCGCCGGCGGGGCUAUUAGAACCCUUACCAACACCAGAACGACCUUGGGAGGCAGUGUCGAUAGAUUUUAUGACUGAUCUGCCGAAGUCCAAAGGGAAAACAGCCAUCAUGGUGGUGGUAGACCUACUAACAAAGAUGUGCCACUUUGUAGCUUGCUCGCAUGCAGUCACGGCGGAAGAGACAGCGAAGUUAUUUGUAGAACACAUUUUUAGGUUGCACGGGGUGCCAUUGAGGGUGGUCUCAGACCGAGGAAAACAAUUUACUUCCAGGUUCUGGAGGAAGCUCAUGAGCUUACUGCAGGUGGAGGUCAACUUUUCGACUGCCCGGCACCCUGAAACCAACGGGCAGGCGGAAAGAGCAAACGGUGUCCUCCAGCAAUACCUGAGGUGUUAUGUCAAUGACAGAGAGAAUGACUGGGUAGAAAAGUUGGCGCUGGCGGAAUUUGCCUACAACAAUGCCGAGAAUGUGUCCACAGGGAUGAGCCCCUUCUUGGCUAAUUAUGGGUGUCAUCCCAGGGCUUUCCCAGGGGGAGAAGGGGAGAGAUGGAGCGCACCGGCAGCCGAGCAUUUUGUAGAAGAAAUGGAAGCAAUCCACCGUCAGCUCCAACUCAACUUAGAAAGGGCGAAGGAAGAAUACAAGAGGCAGGCAGACAAGAACCGAAGGGAAGGUGAAACCAUAAGGGUUGGAGAUAGGGUGUGGCUGUCAACCCGAGGGUUGCCGUUCAAAGGAGGUUGUAAGAAAUUACGACCCAGGAGGUUGGGUCCCUUUGAGGUCAUUCAACAGGUCAACCCAGUGGCUUUCAGGCUCCGGUUACCCAACCACAUGAAACUGCACCCAGUAUUUCACAGGUCGUUACUGUCACCGUACGAGGGGGGACGAGAAGGGAUGGCCACUGGGACCGGUCAUAGAAGAAAGAGAAUGCAGCAGUCAUGUGGCAGAAAUCCUUGAUGCCAGGUGGAAGGGGAAUCAGGUGGAGUAUUUGGUAGCGUGGGAAGGAGAACCGGAGUCAGAAAACACGUGGGUAAUGGCCAAAGAUAUCAAUGACGAGGUAUUGAUAGAAAUGUUCCAUCAAAGGUUCCCGCGGAAACCUCAGCCUGUGGAGAGGUUCCGGAGGGAAUACUUUGGGACCACUGAGGAGGAGGAGGAGUUGGAAGGAUUCCCAGAAUCGGAAGGGGAAGGGGAGAUGGACUCGGAGGAGGAGGAGUGCUUCGAGACCAGGAACCGCAACAGGUGGAGAGAAGUGUUCGAGACAUCGGAAGAUGAAGGAAGUUCAUUCCGGGUUUUGCCUCCUCACCGCCCGUAGAGGAGGGGGCGAGAGGGGGUGAAGGGGGCCCUGGAGGGGGAGGUGGAUGUCAGGGAACUGCCAUCGGAAGGAAGGGAGGUGAAAGGACUCAGACAGGUUGGAAGAGAUUCAGCAGCUGAAGAGGGAACCAGCAAGGGGAGAGAAGCUGAACUGAGGGAGGUGAAAGGGCUCAGACAGGUUGGAAGAGACUCAGCAGCGGAAGAGGAAACCAGCAGGGGGAGAGAAGCUGAACUGAGGGAAAGGGAGCUGGGGGGAUGGCUCAGAGAUACUUCCAGCGAAAACAGUGGUGAGGUUUCCGGACCUCCUGUAGCGACACCCACUCCUCGCCGGAAACUGUCACGCAGAGAGUCCAGAAGACGUGUUUCCGUUAAGGAGCUUUUAUGUUGGAAGCGAUUACGAAAGCAACCACUGUCGGAAUCUUCUAGUGACUAGAGGAGCCAUGUCAGAGGGGCUCAGUCACAGACAGAGGUUUGUGGACUUGAACAAACUCUGAGGGAAUACGAUUUUACGCACAAGCAGCUCAUAAUCCCAUCACACAUCAUCUUGGGUUUCACAGCUGGCUCCCUGACCCUCUGCUCUUUUUUUCUUUUGCAUGUGCUUCAGGAAGUCAAGUUGUCCAGCCCGGAUUAUAAGGACUGCAACUCUGCUGACGCAAUGGAAGAUUUCAUGAAGAGAAUCAGCUGUUACCAAUCGAGCUACCAGCCUAUGGACCCAGACGACUACGACAGGUGAGGGAACUGUGUUUCUCGCCUGUAUUUCCAGUGACAAAAGCUGGCUGCCAAAUUGUGUGAAAGGCACUGUGUGAAAGCCAGUGUAGUGUAGUGGUUAAGAGCAGUGGACUCGUAAUCUGGGGAACCAGGUUCAUGUCUCCGCUCCUCCACAUGCAGUUGCUGGGUGACCUUGGGCCAGUCACACUUCUCUGAAAUCUCGCAGCCCCACUCACCUCACAGAGUGUUUGUUGUGGGGGAGGAAGGGAAAGGAGGUUGUUAGCCGCUUUGAGACUCCUUCAGGUAGUGAUAAAGCGGGAUAUAAAACCCAAAAUCCUCUUCUCUGGUGUUUGUUUUGUCUUAGAAGUAGUUUCAGUGAACUUACAAUUCCCCCUGAAGUCACUAAGGUACACUGAAUUGGGAAGCAUUUCCUCGCUUUUAACUUGUUGGAAUGUGCUUACAUGGAAAACUAGGGAAUUUUGUUGCAAAAUUCUGAAUUUCGAAGCUUUUCCCAUUGCCUUCCUGGAAGAAUGUCUGGGUUGGUAGGACUGCCUUUAGAAGCAGGGAUUUGGUAGGGAAGCUGUUUGCUUUCGCCUGAGACAGAAAGGAGGAUGUGUGUGGUUUCUCCUGCUUUUAACAACCAGAGACUUGGCAGAGCUAGGUGUGCCUGAAUCUGUUAACAACACACACCGUAACAUAAUAAUGCAAUAUACCACACCUGGAUACAUAGGAUCAAGCAGGCUGUUAAGCACCAGCAUUUCAUUUCCUACCAGAAUUUCAAUAACACCUCAGCAGUGGCUGCUGGGUACCGUAUUUUUUGCACCAUAACACUCACUUUUUUCCUCCUAGAAAGUAAGGGGAAAUGUCUGUGCGUGUUAUGGAGGGAAUGCCUACGGGUGGCAUGCCUACGGAUUUUCCUCCUCUAAAAACUACGUGCGUGUUAUGGUCGGGUGCGUGUUAUAGAGCGAAAAAUACGGUACUUUUGAAGCUCACCUGCUCAAGGGCUUAGGACUUGGCGCAAGGCUGCGCUACAAUUCCCCGAUUUGGUGCUUCAUGGUUUCUGUGCAUUCCCACCUUGCGGGUUCUGCAGCUCUUGAACUUGGCUUUCCCCCGGGGUUGGCGGGCCUUUUGAGUGACGGCCGUGCGCGUCUUCCCCUCCCAGAGACCUGUCGCUGAUCAAAGUGAUUGACGUUGGCCGGAGGUACCUUGUGAACAGGGUGCAAGACCACAUCCAGAGUCGAAUCGUCUACUACCUGAUGAACAUCCACGUCCAGCCUCGCACCAUCUACCUGUGCCGGCACGGCGAGAGCGAAUACAACCUCAAGGGGAAGAUUGGGGGAGACUCUGGGCUCUCCUGGAGGGGAAAAAAGGUAGGUGCCGUGGGAAAUCCUCUGUCUGGGAGCUGAGAGGCUUGGCCGCCUUUGAAUGUGCUGCGGCUGCAGUCCUGUGCCUACUUAGCUCGGUGCAGGCGGGCCUAGCAGCGGGAAUGGGGCAUCAGCAACCUCCGCCUGCCUCCUUUCCUGCUUGCAACCGGACUCCGUCCUUCUUAAAUAAAAACAAUAGAAAGCCAGGUUGGGCCAGACCAUUGCUCCAUUCCCCAGAAACCUCUGAAGGACAGCCCCUAAAUGGCCUUGGUCCUGUAUACCCGAAGGAGCGUCUCCACCUCAAUCGUUCAGCCCGGACACUGAGGUCCAGCUCUGAGGGCCUUCUGGCGGUUCCCUCACUGCGAGAAGCAAAGCUACAGGGAACCAGGCAGAGGGCCUUCUCGGUAGUGGCACCCGCCCUCUGGAAUGCCCUCCCUUCAGAUGUCAAAGGGAUAAACAACUACCAAACUUUUAGAAGACAUCUGAAGGCAGCCCUGUUCAGGGAAGUUUUUAAUUUGUGACAUUUUAAUGUAUUUUUGAUCCUUGUUGGAAGCUGCCCAGAGUGGCUGGGGAAACCCAGCCAGAUGGGUGGGGUACAAAUAAUAAAUUACUAUGUCAUACUCUGGGAUGACUCCUCCCCCUCACUUGUCAGGCAGGAUCACAUGACAAAAAAGGGUCCUUGCUGGGGGGAGGAGUCGUCCCAUGCUCUCCAGUUCAUAUGGUCGAGCAGGAAAAAAACCCACCCCCUUUAGCCGCCAUGUUGCAGGUGUGGUAGUCCAUUUACUGCUCUGAUUGGCGCAUCAUCAUCUCUCUCUCUCCCAUGUGUACCAGUAGGAAGAAAACUCAGGAACGAAACUUAUUGGGUUUCGUUGUGACUCUACUUCCUCCAGUAAAGUCCCCAUGCAUGACUCUGUUAUUGUGGUGGGCACUGUCCUUUGGGAGCCUCUGGGAAUAGAAAUUCGCACUAAGAAUUUCCUUUUGUUUCCCCUCCUGUCCUCAGUUUUCCAGUGCGUUGAGCCAUUUUGUCCAGGAGCAGAACCUGAAAGACCUCAAAGUUUGGACCAGCCAGCUCAAGAGGACCAUCCAGACGGCAGAGGCUCUUGACCUGCCCUACGAGCAGUGGAAGGCCCUGAAUGAAAUUGACGCUGUAAGUGCCGUUGUAUUUUCUGGGCUCAGGGCCAAGCUUUCAGUGGGAGAAGAGGGGCUGUCCUCUUCUGUCCCCUGCUCUCCAAAUCUGCCCCAGGCUUUGCAGAGAUCCCAGUGCACCUAAGGAAAUCCCAGCGCACCUGAGGAGAUUCUGCCAAAAGCCCACCUAGUACAGCAUCCUGUUUUCACAGUGCACAGCCAGAUACCUCUGGGAAGCCCACCGGCAGGCCCCGAAUCUCCCUGCUUGUGAUUCCUAGGAGAUUGCAUCCUGCAGCUUAGUCAUGCUACUAGUCCUGUGCAAUAAGCUUGUGCAUAAUCCUAUCUAUAUCGGCCCAUGUUUUUUGUUUUUUAAAAAAGUCUGCUUCUGUCCCAUUAAUUCAGCGUGAACAAGUUAGGUGCACCAUGACUGUCUGUCUGCUUGGGGAGUUUGCCACUUUUGCCUGGUGGCAAACUCCCCAAGGCUGGAACGCAUAGAGGUUGCAGGUGGGAUUCCAUUGCACAACAGGCCUCCCCCCUUCCUCUGCUUACCCCACCCCCCCAAUUAGCUUAAAGGGGUGUCAGGACAACCUGCAGAACUGUAUGCUAGGGAGGAGGGGGGCAGAUAAAUUCCAUCCGCCAAACAAUGCAAACAGAAUGUUUGGAAGAAUUUGGCAUUGAAUCCCCUGCCCAAAAUAUUUGAUUAACAUCCUUGUGCCAUAGAGUAGAAAUUAAUGGGCACGACUAACUUAGAUCCAUUGAUUUCAAUGAGCGGGACUAGCCUUGGCUACAAUUCCUUUGUUUAUAUAAUCAGGUGAUCUGAGAGAACAUGUUAAUCAUGGUCCAAUAUCGUGCCAUCAGAAUCAAUAUUUCUUAUUAAUAUUUAUAAACAUUUUUAACUCUUUAAUAUGACAAAAUCUUUGGGCUGACUUGUAUCUAACGAAGCCGUCCCUUUAGCGCAAGGACUUAUGCCUGCUCAACAGGAGUUUAUCUCCCUCUCCUGAGGGUGGAAGUACUUGCAGAAAGACUUCAUUGGAUACAACCCUAUAUGGGGCUGGGUAUACACCUGCAGCUUAAAAUGCAGUGAGCCCCUGCCCUCUUGCCUGUUGCAUUUCAAGUCACACUGGCGCUGUGGGUUAAACCACAGAGCCUAGGACUUGCUGAUCAGAAGGUCAGCGGUUCGAAUCUCCGUGACGGGGUGAGCUCCCGUUGCUCGGUCCCUGCUCCUGCCAACCUAGCAGUUUGAAAGCACGUCAAAGUGCAAGUAGAUAAAUAGGUACUGCUCCGGUGGGAAGGUAAACAGUGUUUCCGUGCAUUGCUCUGGUUCGCCAGAAGCCUCUUAGUCAUGCUGGCCACAUGACCCGGAAGCUGUAUGCCAGCUCCCUCUGCCAAUAAAGCGAGAUGAGCGCCGCAAACCCAGAGUUGGCCACAACUGGACCUAAUGGUCAGGGGUCCCUUUACCUUUUUAUACACCUGCAGCUUAAAAUGCAGUGAGCCCCUGCCCUCUUGCCUGUUGCGUUUCAAGUCACACUUGUACUUUGCCAAACACACCACAUUCUUGGCUAUAAUUCCAUUUCUGCAGGGAAGAGGACCUUGACUAGAAACUUGAGUAGGAUCUUGCCGUUGCAAAUUAUCUCUUGCUUCCCCCCAAUACCACAUGCCUUCCAUAAUCUUGCCCUGAGUAGCAGCACUGAUGUUUCCCCCGCACCUUGUGGUUCUUGCAGGGUGUGUGCGAAGAGCUAACCUACGAUGAAAUCAAGGAAAAGUACCCUGAAGAAUUUGCUCUGCGGGACCAGGACAAAUACUACUACCGCUACCCGUCGGGAGAGGUAAGCCUGGGGCAGCGAGAAACCGUUUAAAAACAGUGAAAAUUGUUUUGGUGGGUUUUUGUGUCAGUCAAGCAGGCCAUUAGAACAUUACGGAUUCAAUAUUCCAUGAUAGUUAAUGAAGAAACUAGCUGGAAGAUAAAAAGAAUGGAACAAAAAUAUUUCGAACAUGCCAAUAAAUCAGGAAAACUGCUUGUGUGGCAGUUGAAGAAAAAUGAACAAAGAAACUCCAUAAACAAAAGUAAUAUACAGUGGUACCUCGGGUUAAGUACUUAAUUCGUUCCGGAGGUCCGUUCUUAACCUGAAACUGUUCUUAACCUGAAGCACCACUUUAGCUAAUGGGGCCUCCCGCUGCUGCCGUGCCGCCGGAGCACGAUUUCUGUUCUCAUCCUGAAGCAAAGUUCUUAACCUGAAGCACUAUUUCUGGGUUAGCGGAGUCUGUAACAUGAAGUGUCUGUAACCUGAAGCGUAUGUAACCCGAGGUACCACUGUAAAUGGGAAGAUUACAGAUAAGAUGAAGGAAAUAAGAGCUGCAUUUGUAACAUACUUUUCAGAACUGUAUAAGAAAGGAAAGGAAAAAACCUGUAAAAUAGAGGAAUAUAUUUCAAAUGGUUGUCUGCCAAAAAUAAGAGACGAACAAAUGGUGAUCUUAAAUACUCAAAUAACAACUGAAGAAGUGCUAGAGGCAAUAAACUGGACAAAAAGUGGCAAGCCCCUGGGUCCAGAUGGAUUAACGGCGAGAGUGAGCCCCCUUAACAUGGCAUCAUGACUCUUGGAUGAUGGAGAACAGGGAUGGGGAAGGUGGCAGAUGCAUCCCCACUUGCCGUCUUCAAAGGGGCAUUUCGCCUAGGGAGGUGGACUUCCAAUAAACAAGGAGCUGUCGGUCGUGCGAGAAAAGAACAUCUCCAGGCGCUAAGCCAGCCAUGAGCUCCACUUUUCUCUUUGGCCAUCCUGCACCCUGGUGAAUCUUCAAUGCUCCUGGGAUCUCCUUUGCAGAAAUAUACUUUCCUCUGGAGCUUGGCAACGUAGAAAAACAAAACCUCUGCUACUGCGAGCAGAAGCAGAACAACACGGAGCUCUCUUUGGGGAAUGAAAGGAUGUAAUGACUCCACGUUUUGGGCAGCGGGAGGAAAUUAUUUGAAGGGACAUAGGAAGUGGCCCCCUCCUGAGUCAGAGCAGUUGUCUUUUGAGCUUGGUAUUUCAUCUACGGACACGUGGCGCUGUGGGUUAAACCACAGAGCCUAGGACUUGCUGAUCAGAAGGUCGGCGGUUCGAAUCCCCGCAACGGGGUGAGCUCCUGUUGCUCAGUCCCUGCUCCUGCCAACCUAGAAGUUCGAAAGCACAUCAAAGUGCAAGUAGAUCAAUUGGUACCACUCCGGUGGGAAGGUAAACGGCGUUUCCAUGCGCUGCUCUGGUUCGCCAGAAGCGGCUUAGUCUUGCUGGCCACAUGACCCGGAAGCUGUACGCCGGCUCCCUUGGCCAAUAAAGUGAGAUGAGCGCCGCAACCCCAGAGUCAUCCGCGACUGGACCUAAAGGUCAGGGGUCCCUUUACCUAUUUCAUCUACACUGACUGGCAGUGAAGCCCUGUAUCAACAUCAGUUUUGAGCGUUCAGGGGUUGUCCCAGCGCCUUUACCCAGUUUUUUUGGGUCUUUUUAUGUGUGCAUCUGCAGUCCUACCAGGAUCUUGUGCAGCGCCUGGAGCCCGUUAUCAUGGAGCUGGAGAGGCAGGAGAACGUCCUCGUCAUCUGUCACCAGGCCGUGAUGAGAUGCCUCUUGGCCUACUUCCUUGACAAGAGUGCAGGUAAGUGGUCUGUAGCUGGGAUGUGCCUCUCUUUAUUAAACGGGUGCAAGGAUCGAGGUGCAGUAUUUAGCCAGAGAACAGUGACUGCUAAAUAUAUGCCCCAAAGUUCCAUUGAGACGUUGCAUCUGAGUGUGCACCCAACGCCCGCCAACUGAAAACUGAUGCAGCUAUUGAGCCAGGAUUUCAACCAGGAAUGUUGGGUUGUGUCCUGAGCGAAUGUGUUGUGCUUACAAGGAGAAAUGGUAGCUUAAAAAAAGAAGGGCAGAUGGAAUAAAAGUAAUGCAUAAAACCCGUGUGUUCCAGUGUGGUGUAGUGGUUAAGACCGGUGGACUCGUAAUCUGGUGAACUGGGUUCGCUUCCCUGCUCCUCCACAUGUAGCUGCUGGGUGACCUUGGGCUAGUCACACUUCUCUGAAGUCUCUCAGCCCCACUCACCUCACAGAGUGUUUGUUGUGGGGGAGGAAGGGAAAGAGAUUGUUAGCCGCCUUGAGACUCCUUCGGGUAGUGAUAAAGCGGGAUAUCAAAUCCAAACUCCUCCUCCUCUUCUUCUUCCAUUUGCAACGCUGCAUAAAACAGACUUCUGUGUCUGGCUGAUAACCUCCCUUCUCUGCUUUUCUUCCAGCGGAAAUGCCUUACUUGAAAUGUCCUCUCCACACAGUGCUAAAGCUGACCCCUGUGGCAUAUGGUGAGUAUCUGUUUCUCUCAAAGGUUUUGCACAGAGAGCAUGAUGUGCCUGGGUUGCUUGCCCUGGUCCAUGCGCUGUGACGAAGCUUUGAGAAGCCCCAUUAUUGAUGUGGAAAGAAAUGGUUGUUAUUGCCGUUGUUACUAGAGAUGACUGCAGAAGUUGCUGUGGCCUUCGAUGGGAGAUCAGAGGGGUUUUAAGGUUAUCUGUAGAGGGGAUUAGGUAAAGGUACCCCUGACCAUUAGGUCCAGUCGCGGACGACUCUGGGGUUGUGGCGCUCAUCUCGCUCUACAGGCCGAGGAGCCAGCGUUUGUCCAUAGACAGUGUUUCCGGGUCAUGUGGCCAGCAUGACUAAGCCGCUUCUGGCGAACCAGAGCAGUGCAUGGAAACACCGCUUACCUUCCCACCGGAGCGGUACAUAUUUAUCUACUUGCACUUUGACGUGCUUUCAAACUGCUAGGUUGGCAGGAGCAGGGACUGAGCAACGGGACCUCACCCCAUCGCAGGGAUUCGAACUGCCGACCUUUCAAUCGGCAAGCCCAAGCGCCACAGUGGUUUAACCCACAGCGCCACACGCAUCCCAUAUUUGCCAAUGACCAAAUGGCCAGGAUUUUUCCAUUCUUUGCAUCUGCUGCAGUGUAUUCACUGGGUCAUCCCUGUGGUCUGCUGUUAGCACCAGCAGACCCGUUCCGACUUAACCUUUUCCUCUUCCGCUCUUGCCAUUGUGUGUUGUGUGUGUGUGUGUCAUGGUUGCACUGAAGACAGCACGAUAUGCUUUUCUUGGGAAUAUUGGCUUUCAUUUAAAACACAAGUUUCUAGCCCUCCUGGCGUGGCCAAAACAUGCACAAGAAAAUUGUGUAGACAGCUCACGGUGAAAUAUCAAAAGCUGGAGAGGCAGCUGAGAAAUAUUUUCAGUGGCUAGAAGAGGGUGGGCAUUCCACUGCCCUAAACUAAUACCCCUACUUAGAAUAAAUAAACUUGAAGUGUUAAGAGUCGCAGGAUAAAGUCACGCAAGAUAAGAAAGCUCACACUCUUUGCUUUGUUUGCACAAUUUAUAUGCAAGAGCCCCGAACUCUGCUUUUCUUUUGCAGAAUGUAGGCAACAGAGGUGGACUUUGUACAUAUUUAGCACAGUAUCCAGCCAAUUUUUUUUUUACCCUGCAGUGUUUCAUUAGAACAGAGGGCCUAGGCCAGGAAGGUUGGCCUGUGCUUCACUCAAAUGAAUUUCCACCCUUUCUCCCCCGCCAAAGUCAUGAACAACAUUCCUUACCUUGACUGCAGCGCAGAUGGCUGUGUCAGGCAAUGCUUGAUAUGUCAGUGCUUAAAAUGUGAUUCUUGGGGAUGUCACCUGAUUAACCCCCCCAAAAAAAUCUUAGCUGAUUUUAAUUGUAUACGUCUUAACUGAAUGAUCGAUUACUUAAAUUUGUCCACAUUUGCAGUGUGGAUGAAAACGAAAGCAUAAUGCAUGCUCUGUGUAUUCCACAGGGAACAAUCUCAAUUGGCAUAAAUCCUUUGUAUGUAUGUGUUUGAAGGGAGACUGUGUCUCUCUCUUGUGGCAUUUCCCAGCUGCAGAUUUCUAAGCACUUGCAUCAAAGAAUAAUUUACUUUUUAAAGAAAUACAGAAUCAAUUGAGGCGCUCUUUGUUGAUUUUGAUUGAAUCAAAUAUUUCCUAAGUAAUUGCAUCCCCCGUAACUGACCAUGUCCUGUAUAUCUCCUCUCUCUGCCCUCCCCCCCAACCUUUUCUCUCCCUUUGCUUCCACAAGGCUGCAGAGUUGAAUCCAUCUGCUUGAAUGUUGAGGCUGUGAACACCCACCGGGACAGAACAGAGGUGAGGGGCUUCUGGCCGCCCGUUGGGACCCCCUCUUCCUCCCCCUGUGUAGUUGGAAAGGAGUUGGGUAGACACCUGUGUUGUAGGAAACCGCUCAAAGAUGGACCCCCUCUUUUUGUAAGCAAUAUUUAUUCCUGACCGUUUUUUGGUGGAUUGGUGGUGGGAGAAGGGAGUAAUUCGUAGCACCAUAUAGACAGCUCCUUCUAUUUGUUUGAACUGGACUUGGUGACCCUCUUCGUCCCUUCUGACUCUACAAUUCUAUAUAUAUAAAUAUAUAUAUAUAUAUAUAAAUAAUAUAUAUAUACCUAUGAUGGCUCCUUACUUGGCUACAUCUAUUUUCCCCAAACUUUCAAAAGCUAGCUAAGGCCUCUUUAUAUUCUGCUAAGUGUUUAAGGAGGUUUGAAGGAAACGUCUGGCCCAUUGCUACUGGUGUAUGUUUGAAGGUUUUUGCCACCGUUGCUUGGGUUUUUUUUCUUUAAAGUUAUGUAACUAGCCAAGGACACUCAGGCUGCAAAUGAGGCGGAAUCGAACGCGUAAAUGCCAGGUUGCAGCAAGACGCUUUGCGGAUGCGAUUAGGAUCACAAGCGCUGACAAACGGUUCUUCUGUGGCCUUUUCCAAUUGUUCCUCUGUAAUUUGUAGGCUGGAUCAGUGGCGUUGGUGUGGAUUCUCCCAAGCGGCAGAAUCUCUCAAGGCACCUAGCUGCUCUUUUCAUUGCAAAGAAGCCCUCAUCUCUUACUUUCUUCAAAAGACCUAGUGCAGGGAGAGAGAUAGAGACUUCUCAAACCCGAAUUCGGAAAUUUUGAAUAUUUCAUUCUUGGGCCCAACGUUACCUCUUUAGAACAGAGGUGGGAAACCUAAGGUUCAGGGGGCCAAAUAUGGCCAUUGAACCCCCCCCCACUGCACCUGGCCCUCAGCUUCCCAGGACACGGCCCUUCUCCCAAGGCUAUGUCCCUCUGCAGUGCUGCUUCGCACCCUAUGGAUCAGGGUUGAGAAACCUCACACCCAGGGUCCAAAAUGCAGCCUUUCAAGCCUUGAGGACUUUCUCAAUCUUCUCCCCCUCCUUGAGCCUUUUUGCAAUGCUCAAAGGAUUUUCUUGAACUCUGAUUCAAGGGAUGUGUGUGUAGAGCUUAGCCUACCGUAAAGGUAAAGGUCAAGGGACCCCUGACCAUUAUUAGGUCCAGUCGUGGCCAACUCGGGUUGCGGCUCUCAUCUCGCUUUAUUGGCUGAGGGAGCCGGCGUACAGCUUCCGGGUCAUGUGGCCAGCAUGACUAAGCCGCUUCUGGCAAACCAGAGCAGCGCACGGAAACGCCGUUUACCUUCCCGCCGGAGCAGUACGUAUUUAUCUACUUGCAUUUUGACGUGCUUUCGAACUGCUAGGCUGGCAGGAGCAGGGACCGAGCAACGGGAGCUCACCCCGUGGUGGGGAUUCGAACCGCCAACCUUCUGAUUGGCAAGUCCUAGGCUCUGUGGUUUAACCCACAGCGUGACCAUAUAGACGCCAAAUUAACAGUUUUGUCUCAGACUCAGAUCAUCACUAAUACAUGUAACUCGUAAAACAAGACCUUAGAGGGGAGCACGGCCCUCACCCUGCGAACGUUUUCCCACCCCUGCUUUAGAAGUACGUCGGGUCUAGAUUAGCGUGCCUGAGUGCCAAGGGACCUCGCAGGAACCCCAGCAAUGAUAACUCCUUCUUUAAUGAGAUUUCCUGGUCUUCGCUUUUUCCUUUCCUUUUUUUUUUUUUUGGUGCGUUUUGUCAGACCAAUUAACCCAUCGUGUGUGUUUGGUUGGUUUAUAUUUAUUUCCCCCGCUGCUUUUCUCCCCACCUGACCCCCGUAACUUUUCACCUCCUUCCUCACUUUAUUUUCUCGUGUUUUUUUAUCUUUGUCUCGCUUUUAAUUUAGGAUGCAAAGAAGGGACCUAAUACCCUCAUGAGGCGCAAUAGCGUCACCCCUCUAGCGAGCCCAGAGCCCACCAAAAAGCCUCGCAUCAACAGCUUUGAGGAGCAUGUGGCUGACUCUGCUUCCGCUGCCCUGCCCAUCUGUAUGCCCCAGGAGGUGCCCGCCCAGAUGCCCGGACAAGUUGGUCACAUUCUUUUGUUGGUGUUUUCUCGUGUGUGUGCGCCUGCCUGCUUGUGGUGGCGGUUGUGUGUUGUGGUCAUUGCAUUUCCAUGCUUAAAUAUCUCCCCGCUGCUUUAAACCAUGGGAGGACGUUCUGUCGUGUCGCUUAUCCAUUUUUUAAACGCGGUGCUAUCAGAUCGCAGUUGGCAUCAUCUGUUUACUUUUGCUUUCCUUGCCUUCACUUUUCCCUCCUCCUAAAGCACCUUUAGAAAUGAUUUAUAAUGCUUUGGGUUGGUGUAGUUUGGUUUUUUGAGAACCUGCAAUAUAAGCCAGGCUUGGCCGUCACUUGCCUUAUGAACUUGAACUUAGGUAGAAGUAUUUGCCUGGUGUUUGGUGUGGAUUAUAGAAACUUGGCCUUCAAACCUUUGCAGCAACACACUUUUUUAAGGAUUUGUGUUAGGCUUGCCUUUCCUCUCCAAGCCUUCCUUGAUUCCUAUCAUUCCAUAUUCUUUUAACUUGACUAGGAUGUUGCUUUGUCCUGCUGCCUUGCAGGAGAUCUUUCGGGAGAAGAAAAUAUUUAAGGUGUCAACCAGGGGUCAGCAAACUUUUUCAGGAGGGGGCGGCCGGUCCACUGUCCCUCAGACCUUGUGUGGGGCCGAACUAUAUUUUUUUGGGGGGUGGGGGUGGGGGUGGGAAAUGAACGAAUUCCUAUGCCCCACAAAUAACCCGGAGAUGCAUUUUAAAUAAAAGGCUGAUUCCCAGACUGCCCAUGGGCCGGAUUUAGAAGGCGAUUGGGCCAGAUCUGGCCCCUGGGCCUUAGUUUGCCUACCCAUGGUGUAAACCCUACACAGUUCUGAAGCGGAGUCCCUAAGUUGGUUGGAUGGCGCCAUGUAUGCGUCCUUCCAGCAACUCAUGCAGCCAAGCUGGUGCCAAACAUCUUGCUCUUCUUCUUGUCGCCUGGGCAGCCCAGGACCUCCAGACACACUGCCCAGGCUUGCACCCCAGGGAGGUCACUUAGGUGGCUGCCAACAAGCCAGUUUGUCUUCUCUGCAGAGGCACACUCCAUUGUCUCAAUGUGUUCGCAUUUGCUGGUGUUGCUCAGCUGAAAGUUGUUUCCAAAGGUUGCAGCAAAUUUUCAUAGAUUAGUCUUGCUCAUCACCUUUUUGAAAGGAUGAAUGACCACUUCCCAUUGCAGCUAAAUGUCUGCCUAAUUUGAAAGCCAAAAGCCCAUCAGCUCUCCUAGUUAGCAGGAAAUGGGACUUCUUGACAAAUGCCUGGAGGCAGCUUCUGUAAGUUAGCAGACAAAAGGGGGCUUCCUGCUAAAUUGCUGCCCUACUCCUCCUUUCCCUUGUGUGACCCAAAUAUUGAAAGUGUGGAGGCUCUUUGCUGAAAUGUGUUUCUACGUUUUGCAUGAAUGGAAGUGGCUUGUUUGUUGACAUGCGUGGCUUUAUGUCUCUUUGUCUGCUAUCUCGCAGCAAUUGAAUCCUUUAUCUUGAAUUUCCUGUUGUUAUUCUGCUUUCCACACCAAGACUGAGUUCUCUUCCAUCUCCCUCUCCUUCCCCCUUUUCUUUCUCUUUACAGCCUUUACUGGGGAAGGCCUGCCUGUGAGUAUCUUGCAGGUUCACCUUUCUUUCGUUGUUUUCCCUUUGUUACCACUAAUCUGCGUGCUUAGCUUUCCAAACGCAAUUUGCACCUUUCCCCCUAGAAUCCUUGAGGGAGAUUUACCUUUCUUGCAUUUGGUAGGAACAUAGGAAGCUGCCUUCAUUCAAAGUCAGACCAUUCAUCUAUUCUGAUCUGUACUGUCAGUGACCACAGAUCACCAAUGUGGCGCCCCUUGGAGUCUUCCCCAAUUGCCCACAAGACCUCUGAAUCCCUGCCCAAUCAAUUUAACCAGUGUUUCGACCUUUUAAUCCAUGUGGUUUUUAUUUUCUCUGGGCCCACACUUUUAGAAUAAAAAUCUGCUCACGCCACACCCAAUUUUUCAUUGGUAAGAAAUCCAUCGGAAAACAGAAAGAAAACAACUCCCAGCAGUGCUUGAUUUAUAACACAGAACACAACUGCUUUACAGUAUGAUCAUGGGGCAUCCAGAAAGUAUAAAACAAAUAUUUAUUCUUAAAAUAAGAACAUGUAUCAUCCUCAAAAUAGAAUUAUAAGCGAGCCUCUUGCAUAUGUACUUUAAGGAUGUAUGCACACUCAGUGAGAGGUGGUAUGCGCUUGUUUUUGCUGGGUAAUAACUCAUUUAGAUCAGGUCUAAAUUUGAGAAACUCACACUUCCUCAUCAAUACAAAGAAGCCUUUUCUCUCUCUGAUACCUUGCAUGUUUGUCAGAGUUGAAAAUCACUGUUCACAACAAUACGUUGUGGAGAACUGUAGAAGAAUAGCUCAUGCUCUUGCUCUCGUUUUGAAAAGAUAUCCGUAACCUGCAAAAUAAUAUUUUUUUAAUACUAUACUACACUACACUGAAAUGUUUAAGUGUUUCUUUGCCCUUGUAUCUUCCUGCCACGCCAAUGUGGCAUGCCACAUUAGAGAGCCACUAUUUAAAUCCCUUGAAAAGUGCCAAUUGUUGAAGGAGAAAAUUGGGAGAAGAGAUACUCUUCCCCACUUCCUUUUCCAGGCUCUGACUGAUUCCACUGAAGUGACCCACGAGGACAGCGCGAAUGGUGCUUGCUAAGAAACACAAAGGGGGUCCAUGGGCCGAAAAAUAGCUUUGCAAUCUCUAGUCUACAGUGACUGGCAGUGGCUACCAGGAUUUCAGAGCCUUUUCUGCCCCUACCUGGAGUUACCUGGGCCCUUCUACGUGCAAAACAGAUUCUCUUACCACUGAGUUACCCUUCCAGUUUGUGGGAGCUUUUAACACUUAAUUUAUCAGAGCAUCUUUUCAGUCGCUACAAAAACCCCUUUCUUGCACUUGGGAGAGAAACCGGGGUGCUACAUGUCUUAUUCCCCUUACUAGCGGACUAGUUUUCUGAAUAAAGGGCUAGCAGUGUUUCUCAAAUUUGCGUCCCCGGCUGCUGUUGGACUACAACUCCCAUCAUCCUUAGCUAGCAGGGCUGGUAGUCUGGGACGAUGGGAGUUGUAGUCCCAUCAGCAGCUGGGGACCCGAGUUUGAGAAAUGCUGAUUUAUUGUAUCUGUCAAUGGGAUUUAAGUGCACCACUUUUUGAAAUAUAUAAAAAUUACAGCUCAAGCUUUGUUCUAAUCCAGCAGCACUUGAGGGAGUAGGCAGUUGGUGGGAGAGCAAUACUUUUGCAGUUGGUGGAGCCGAUAGUGCAGAGUUGGGGCAUGUUGCCUGGCAUGGCGAGAGCUCUGGUCUCAGUGUGCACCUCUCCCAUCUGGCCUGACCGUUGACCAUGCCGGCUGGGGUGUUGGAUGGGAGUUGUAGAAUAAAAGAAUCUCUGCCAAAGGCUCCCGGACAGCUGCUGCCAAUCAGAGCAGUCGGCAGGAAGCCAGAUAAGGUAAAGGUAAAGAGACCCCUGACCAUUAGGUCCAGUUGUGGCCGACUCUGGGGUUAUGGCGCUCAUCUCGCUUUAUUGGCCAAGGGAGCCGGCGUACAGCUUCUGGGUCAUGUGGCCAGCAUGACUAAGCCACUUCUGGCAAACCAGAGCAGUGCACAGAAAUGCUGUUUACCUUCCCGCUGGAGUGGUACCUAUUUAUCUACUUGCACUUUGACAUGCUUUCAAACUGCUAAGUUGGCAGGAGCAGGGACUGAGCAACGGGAGCUCACCCCGUCGCGGGGAUUUGAACCGCCGACCUUCUGAUCGGCAAGUCCUAGGCUCUGUGGUUUAACCCACAGCGCCACCCGCGUCCCAUGAAGCCAGAUAGACCAAUGCAAAGGGCAGCUGCAUAAGAUUUCGUGCGGACGAGCCCUUCUCCCUGCUGCAACUUUUUAGAACUGCUGGAAGAUCACAUCCACACGUCAUGUUUGAAGCAUGUGGCUUUCCCUCCUCCCGGGUCCUGGAAACUAGUUGGUUAAGGGUGCUGAGAAUUAUAGUUCUACAAGGGGAUAAACUACAGUUCCCAAUAUUCUUUUGGGGGGCAGCCAUGUGCUUUUAAUUUAUGGCGUGAAUGUGAAGGGUGUUACGACAUCCCUUGAACACAUUCCUAUCAGAUAACAGUGCAAACCUCUCUCCUUCACCCCCUUUCUCUCUCCCCCCCCCUUUUCAUGCUGGAAGACGGCCCAUUUGUCACUUAUUCAAACUUUUCGCUUUGCUAAUAUUUCCCAGGUAAAAUGGCUUGCUGCUCUCCGUGUUUGUGCUUUACCCCAGCCUGACUUUACCUUGUUGGAAUAACAGCUGCUCAAGGCUAUUUUUGUUUCCUUUGGGGUUUUUUUUGGGGGGUGGGUGGGCAGAGAAGGGGGUACAUCUUUGACCUGUGCCUGCUCAGCUUCCUGGAAACUGGUUCUGCUUUGGUUUGUGUGUGUGUUUCUGCAAUGAAUGGGCUUGUUGACAUAAGUGGUGGUGGUUGAGGUCCCUUUUAAACUGUCUGCUUCCUCUUUUCCUGUAAUGUUUCCAUUUUUAGAAUGCCCUGAGAUCCGUUUGCACUGUUUGCUUAAUAAUAAUAAUAAUAAUAAUAAUAAUAAUAAUAAUAAUUUUAUUAUUUGUACCCCACCCAUCUGACUGGGUUGCCCCAGCCCCUCUGCAACUCUGCCCCAGCAAAAUAUAAAAACCUAGUAAAAAAGAAAACACAUUAAAAACUUCCCUAUACUAGUCCAGAGGGACACAGGUGGCGCUGUGGGUUAAACCACAGAGCCUAGGACUUGCUGAUCAGAAGAUCGGCGGUUCGAAUCCCUGCGACGGGGUGAGCUCCCGUUGUUCGGUCCCUGCUCCUGCCAACCUAGCAGUUCGAAAGCACAUCAAAGUGCAAGUAGAUAAAUAGGUACCGCUCCAGCGGGAAGGUAAACGGUGUUUCCGUGCGCUGCUCUGGUUCACCAGAAGCGGCUUAGUCAUGCUGGACACAUGACCCGGAAGCUGUCUGUGGACAAACGCCGGCUCCUUUGGCCCAUAGAGCGAGAUGAGUGCUGCAACCCCAGAGUCUGUCACAACUGGACCUUAUGGUCAGGGGUACCUUUAUACUAGUCCAGAGAUGGAAAGAAGACUCUCUACCAGAGAGGAAUGGCAAACUAAGCUGCCAGAUUAUGCUGAAAUGGCAAAACUGACCAGAAAGCUCAGGAACCGAGAAGACAAAAUCUUCAAGAAAGAAUGGGGGUAAUUUAUAAUCUAUUUCAGAGAUCACUGUAAGCAGAUGAAAACAUUAGCAGGAUUUUAAUCUCCCUUGUAAUGUAACAAACUCUCUGGAUAAUCGGGGUAGAUAUAAAAUAUAGAUUUGAUAUAAUAUGCAGUUGAAAGCGUUGGCAUUAGGACCCACAGAGGAGAUGGGGGCAGGUCUCGAGAUUUGGAGAAUUUUCUGUAUAUGGAAGUGUAUUUGGUUUUGUUAUGAAUCUAUAUUUGAAAACGAUUAAAAGAACAAAACACUUCCCUAUGCGGGGCUGCCUUCAGAUGAGCCAAAUGUGCAGUGUCCGCUUGCCCCCCCUCCAAAAGGGGGCCCAAGCAAUGCAAAAUUUAAUGAAGAUGGUAAUAAUCCUCAAAGAUUUGCUUUGCAUUCGGAAAGACCCAAGUUCAACCUCCUGGUUCUGAAACCUUGAGAGCCACUGGCCGUCAGCGUGACAGUGCAGAGCUAGGUAGGUCCAAAAGUGUUAGGCAGCUUCCUCUGUUCUUGUGGCCCGCAGCAACACAGCCGGAAGCACACACGAGAUGACUUUAUUUUAUUUUUAUUUUUUUCAUGGAGGAGAGGCCUGUCAAAUUUAUUUAUUUAUUAACAUAUUACCUUGGUAAACGUCGUCACAUUACAUUACAGAGCUUAUUAUAAUAUAUUUUCCAACAUGCAUACCAAGAUGAUAUACACACUUUAUAUACCUAAAAAGAAAGAAAAGAAAAACAAAGAGAAAAAACAAAGAAAAUCCCCCCCCCCGUUAUAUACGUACCAAUUUGAUUGAUGUUGGAGAGAGACUGAGUUGAGAAAUAAGAUGAAGAGCACGUAUUGUAUUAGAUAAAAUGUAAAAGAAAUAUAGAAUAAUAUGAGUACAUUCAUUUGUAAAAAAAAAGGAAUAUACAACGGGAUAGACAGGAAGUCCAAUGUGCACGAGAUGACUUUAAAGUGUCUAUCAGAAUUCAGGCUGAGGGACUGGUAGGAGAUGCAGGGAGCCCGAUGAGUGAGAAGCUCCUUUUACGCCUUGCGACUUGGCCUGCUUCCUUCAGGACGACCUGUGUGCCUAGUGGCUACUGCCUCUGCUGGAUAAAGCAGAGCUUUCUGCAUCUGCUUCUCUCGUCGUCCUCCCUGCCACCUGCAUGCAAAGGCUGCCUCGCUUCUCUUUUGUCCCCCUCCGAAUGCUCAGCUACCGGCUCAAAGUUUGCUCUCUCUCUCCCUUCCGCUUGCAGAACAUGAGCACGACCCGCACACAGUCUUGAGUUUCUCCAGGCGAUGUUUAGGAAGGCGGAAGAACGCGGACGGAAGGAAACUCAGCCCGCUUGCGUCGCCCUGCUCUGAAGCUUGCGUCUGCCUGUGUGUGUGUGUGAUCUCCAUUCAACGCGAGGCUAUUUCCUUCUCGAUCUCCAUAAGCUGAUCAUCUGCCUGUUGCGUAUCGGACUCUGUUGCGUAUCAGACUCGACACGAUGGUGUUUCUUUGGGGUGGGGUGGGGAAUGGGGGGGAUACACAAGAGAAGAAGGGAAUGAGAAGGAACAUCGCUUUAGAAUGCAAAACGGAGGUUCAUGAAGUUGGUUGCUUUUCCCCCACCACUUUUUGAGAUUUUGGUAGACUAAAGUGUCGUCCUCUGCAGCAUCCUUGCAUCCCCCGAGUUGUUCUAUUAUUAUUAUUAUUUCUAAAGUGACACAGUUGCCUUGCAGAGAAGAAAGAAGAAGACAAACUGGGCACUGUGCUGCUUUCUCAGCCUUUGUAAAUAAACGGAUGUUGGUUCUUGGGGUCUGUGUGGAGAAGGGAGGGCAUGGGGAGCAUAAAAGCACCUUUUGCGACACCUGCAUGUCUGCUUUUAAUUUUGCCACUUUGCACGUCUCUCCCUCUCUCUCCUUUUUUUUACAGCUACAGAAAAAAAAGCACACACACACACACACCCCGGAUAUCAGAGAGGGAUUUAAGGAUAGUCCUGUUGUUCUUUCGCAGCUGGUUCUGAAACCACUUGCCGGCACCAUAGCCACUGGCUUUGUUAGGGUGGCCGAGUGUGAUUUUAACAGAGUGGGAAAAGUGUUAGGAGUGCAGGACUUUACAAGCCACGCUUAGGAUUAGCGGCACAGGGGUAAGCAACCUGCUGCUGGACUACAACUCUAAUCAUCCCUGCCCUUUGCCUUUGUUUGCCUGGGCUGGUGGGAGUUGUAGUCUGGCAACAUCCCGAUGGCUGCCCGUGGAGUGGGCGAGUGAGCAAGGACCCCGUAGGAAUAAAGGGUCAGUUUCAGAAAGGUGGGUCAGCAAUUCCUGCAGUGCCUGCUUUGGCCCACGACAAAAUCAAUGUGUGUUUGUGUGUGAUCUUUUUAAAAGAGCUGCUCUUGGCCGAGAAGUUUUACUGGGGGCGUCCGUAGCAUGCAAGGUGGGUUCUACGUGUGUGCAAGCAUUUGAAAAGACUCCUCUGCUUUUUUGCAUUUUGAAAAAGCAUUGGGUGGUUUUGAGCGUUAGUCAUGCACCUGUUGGAACGAACGGACAUGACCUCUGCUCAUUUCAGUGUGGGUCACCUGGAAUAAAACCCCAUUUUCUCCCUUUGAGUGUGUGGGUUCUCCUAUUGCUUCUCCUAUCCCCUCAGCCCCUUCUGCUAGGAUUUUAUCCUUUAUCAGAGGAAGAGUGGCUUUAUUUUGCACAUAGCAAGUGGUAUGUUUUCCCCCCCCUCCCUUCCUGCCCCAACUAGGUGUGGUUUGCAUUUACCUACGCCUUGCGUAGUGGGAAAAAACACUUUUGCGCAAACUCGUCUUUCGCUUGGUUUUAUAUAGCAUGAAUUGGGGAAAAAAAAUUGACAGGAUUCCUUUGCUUACGAGAAGGAAAUCCUGGAACAAACUUAAAAUCAUUCCUGCUUCAGGAAUUUUGAAUGAGAGAGGGAACAUGUGGACCUUGCCUGUGUGUGUCCUUGUUGUGUGUGUGUGUGUGUGUGUGUGUGUGUGUGUGUGUGUGUGUUGAUCUGCCCUGGAGUGGGGAGGCACAAGAAGCAAGGGGUGUGUGUGUGUGUCACACUUGUGAUAGUUACAGGUUGAUUGGGGAAGGUGAUUGAAAACCACACCAACAACUCAUUCUCUUGAUUGUGUUUUUCCUUUGAUACUUGAAUUUAUAUUUUUAUCGGUUUUUUAAUAGCAAAGUGCUAUUUAUUUAUUUAAGGGAAGUUGCAGAGCUGAGAGGAGGUCCCCCCCACCAACUUGGACUUGUGUGAUGUUCAAUUCUGUAUAUAUGUAUGUAGCUGGGUUUUUGAGGGGUUUUUUUUUGCCUGAGAUGAAACAGUUUCAGCUUAUAAAACGAGGUCUGCCUUUUGGAAAUUUGUAUAUUUUGCAGCUGCUGGACCAAUUAAAAAUCUUGAAAUAGAAGCCUA